UGGUUGUUGUCGAAGAUGUCAUCGUGGCUGGGUGGACUGGGCUCCGGACUGGGCCAGUCGCUAGGCCAGGUCGGAGGAAGCCUCUCCUCAUUCACCGGACAAAUAUCCACCUUCACCAAAGAUAUGCUGCUGGAAGGAGUUGAAGAAGUUGCAGGUGAGUGAAAACACGUCAGACACAUUAGCUAGCUAGCUAGCUAGCCCAUCCCAGCAACAGCCAGCAGGGCACUUCAAUCAGCAAGAAAGUAAUAGCUACAAGCUAUGUAACUGAGCUGUUUCAGCAAUUCUCUACAUCACCGGCUGCUAGCUGGUUACUCUAUAACUGGACUACAGUAUUCCUGAUCCAGAGAGUUUUCUAUUUAGAGAGAUAUGAUCAGAUUACACACUAUGCAUAUUGAGCAUACCAUGAAAAGAGUGGGUGGGCCAUCAGUACCUACCAAAACAUAAACAGGGGAACAAAUGCAGUCCGUUAGCCUUACAUAUUCCCAAAGCAAAUAGUAUUAGAUUUCUAGGCUGUAAUGUGUGUCUAGUGCUGAAUGAGAGUUUUACUUUAUUUUUGGGGGAUGUAGCUUGAACUAGCCAAAGUAACCUUACAGUGAAAUGCUUACUGACGAGCCCUUAACCAACAAUGCCGUUUUAAGAAAAAAAUAAGUGUUAAGUAAAAAAUGGAUAACAAAAAAAUAAUUAAAGAGCAGCAGUAAAAUAACAGUAGCGAGGCUAUAUACAUGGGGGUACCGGUACAGAGUCAAUGUGCGGGGGCACCGGUUAGUCGAGGUAAUUGAGGUAAUAUGUACAUGUAGGUAGAGUUAAAGUGACUAUGCAUAGAUAAUAACCAGAGAGUAGCACCAGCGAGACCACUGCUACUGAUGUAAUAAGUAAACAAUCAUUGACUCAUUAAUUGACAGACAGAAACCACCGAGGACUUUGAUCACUGCGUUCCAACGUACAGUUAGCAAAGCAAAAGUUAUGUCUGGUUGAGUGCUGAAAUGAGCUCAUCAUUAUUUUAAAUGAAAUCAGCACAUUUCAUAACGUUACAUGAACUCAUAACUUUAUUUCUCAUUAGGACAUUAUUCCAGAACAUAAUAGUCUAGUUGAGAGCCGGGUAUGAUAUUGUGGAUUUAGUUGCAGUAAUUGGUCUGAAAUAUUUAUUGAACUUAGCAAUAGUUUUGAAACGACCCUAUAUAUUAUUUCUGUGAAUAUGUAACCCUGUGAGGUUUGUUAUUAUGUGUAAAGAGUGCUGGUGAAGGCAUGUCUGUUUUUCCUUAGCAUGUUGGUCUGUCAUGUGAAACACGUUAAGCAGAUCUCUCGCUGUAUAUUUAUGCAUAGUCACUUUAACUCUACCCACAUGUACAUAUUACUUCAACUACCUCAACUAGCCGGUGCCCCCCGGCACAUUGACUCUGCACCGGUACCCCCCUGUAUAUAUAGCCUCCCUACUGUUAUUUUAUUUUACUUCUGCUCUUUUUUUCUCAACACUUUUUUGUUUUAUUCUACUUUUUUAUUUAAAAUAAAUGCACUGUUGGUUAAGGGCUGUAAGUAAGCAUUUCACUGUAAUGUCUGCACCUGUUGUAUUCAGCGCAUGUGGCCAAUAACGUUUGAUUUGAUUUGAUUUGAUUUACAGUAUGUGUCACUAGUGGCCAACCCUGGAAGUGCUUAAUAGCCUGAUAGAUAAAAUACCGACCUCCUUCCAGACAAUAUCAGAUUCCCUUGGACUUAUACUCCUGAAGUUGCUGGUAGUAGGCUACACCAGCGGUCGAAAACCAGCGGUCGGCAACCAGCGGUCGGCAACCAGCGGUCGGCAACCUUUCCCAUUUGGAGUGCCAAGUUAUCGUACCAUUUCUGCUGAUCUGCGUGUCAGUUAUGAUUUUCAUACGCACAUGAAGUCUUCAUAAACAAAAUUCUAUCUAAAUAAAAAUGAUACAAACCUAAAAAGUAACUUCUAUUGCCAUUGCCAAUAUGUAAAAAUAGCCUCCAUAAAGCAAACAAAUAAAAACAUUGCAGCCUGCAGGUAGAAAAUAUCCUAUAAAUCACAUUGGCUACACAUGGCCUGUCUGCAAGGAACUUGAAACAUUGUAUCAACUAUUAACUUGGGUCCAGCCCAAAGCUUGUGCUAGCAAACUUGCAACAUUGUAUCAAAUAUUCUGGGCCCUCAGUUUUCCGAGCCAGUGAGCUCUGGACAGACAGACACAGCUGUAGGCUAUUUGGGCAAGGGAUAAGAAGUAAUCAGGUAGGCCUAUUUUAUGACGUUUCCAUCGGAUCAGAGCAUGAAAUUUUUUUCCCCCUUUCAUGCUGAGUGGUUAUCGAAAGGGAGAGAGCUGGAAAUAUUUUUCUAAUAGGCUACGCUGAGGAACUAUUGUCAUUCUCAAUGGAUGUAAAAACAGACUUUGUUUACUUGCUGUUUGAUGCGAAUAAAAAAAUACUUUGAGAAGCUCCACAGUGAUGAUGAGUUAAGACAAUCAGAAAUAGUAUCAGAUCCCCAAAUGGGCACAUUUAUAGGCCUACAUUUGACUGCAGGCCAGGUAGACUAGUCCUACUUCUAUGUGUAAUCAGGUGCGUGUCCUUACUCAAGAUUGACAGGAGCGCUCCAAACAAAAGACAAUGAAUAAAUUCACAACUCAUAAAUGGAAUGAAAUAAACCAAAACUUUUUCCUCACAAGUGUAGCCGAGGUUUGAUUGGUCGGUUGUGACUCUGCAAACAAAGUGUCCACUCUGACAAUGACAACAGUAAGACUGUAAUAAUAAUAAUAAUAAUAUAUUGAAUGCAUGAACAGAAAUGACCGUAACCAAACAAACAUUGUAGAUGAGAAAUGGUAAAUAACGGUGAAUGUACUACUGGUGAUCCUGGUGUGCGAUCGCCGCUGCCUCCGCAAUGGAUUCGACCAAUCAGACAGGAGGGAAUCAGACGUGUCUCAUGGGCCAUCAUUUUAUUUUUUAUACACUUGCUACUUUAUUUGUAUUUAUUUUAUUUAACCUUUAUUUAACUAGGCAAGUCAGUUAAGAACUAAUUCUUAUUUACAAUGACGGCCUACACCGGCCAAACGCGGACGACGCUGGGCCAAUUGUGCGCCGCCCUAUGGGACUCCCAAUCACGGCCGGUUGUGAAACAGCCUGGAAUCGAACCAGGGGGGUCUGUAGUGACGCCUCAAGCACUGAGAUGCAGUGCCUUAGACCGCUGCGCCACUCGGGAGCCCACUGCUCGACUAAAGAAAAUCUUGGUCGACCAAACAACGGAGCAGUGGACUACAUCCCUAGUGCAGCCACAGUACACACCCAUUAGACAUAACACAGUGGUGAACUAAAACUUGAUUGGUUUCUAGCAAACCUUUAAAUGCGGUCUAUUAGAAUAUGAGUCGUGAUUAUGUGGAGGUUGCAUGGCUGUGAAUGGUAGUCUACUUGUUAUCACACAGUUUUUCAUACUUUUCUUUCAGGUGCUUCCACUGAGCUGCAGGUGUCCAGUUCUAAGAUGGAGCAAGUGGAGGCUGAGGUACGAGGGUUCUCACCAUCAUAGGGCCGGUUUCCCGGACUCAGACUAAGCCUAGUCUUGGACUCAAAGGCUAUUUUAACGGAGAUUCAGUGUUUCUUCUUCUUUCAAUGUUGCAGUAUGCCCCAUGUCAUCUGUCCUUUCAAUGUUGCAGUAUGCCCCAUGUCAUCUGUCCUUUCAAUGUUGCAGUAUGCCCCAUAUAAUCUGUCCUUUCAAUGUUGCAGUAUGCCCCAUGUCAUCUGUCCUUUCAAUGUUGCAGUAUGCCCCAUGUAAUCUGUCCUUUCUGGGUUGCAGUAUGCCCCAUGUCAUCUGUCCUUUCUGGGUUGCAGUAUGCCCCAUGUAAUCUGUCCUUUCUGGGUUGCAGUAUGCCCCAUGUCAUCUGUCCUUUCUGGGUUGCAGUAUGCCCCAUGUAAUCUGUCCUUUCAAUGUUGCAGUAUGCCCCAUGUCAUCUGUCCUUUCUGGGUUGCAGUACGAGCGUUUAAAGAGGAUCCAUGCAGAGCUGGAGGAGAAGCUGGAGGCCUCAGAGAUCCAGAAUGAACGGCAGUCUUCUGAGUACAGGACCCUGAUGCAACAGAGAGAUGUAGGGGAUGAUUCAUGGAACUAUAUGAUACACUCAAUGAAGAGCGCAAAAUCUUAUAAAUCCUCAUAUCAGCACCAGAGGUUGGUCUAGUCCAGGUGGUAUUCAGAUCCUACUCUGGAGGUCCAGAGUACUGCUGCUUCUCUGUCCUACCUGAUCAGUUAUUGUACCCACUCAGUGUCCCAGGUCUAAAUCAGUCCCUGAUUUGAAGGGGAAGAAUGGAAAGAAAGCAGUUGAUCUGGCUUCCAGGUCCAGAUUUGAAUUUAAUGGGAUAUAAUACAUAUCAUCUAGAAUAUUAUAGUCCUAUCUAGAAGUGUAAGAGGGGUCUAGCCUAAGGACAGUACAGCCACCUCCGGACCACAUACAGCCCCUGGAGACCAGGGUUCGAUUCCCCAGUUGACUCCGGUCCAUCACUCCUGACCACUUCUAUCCUACAGCCCCUGGAGACCAGGGUUUGAUUCCCCAGUUGACUCCGGUCCAUCACUCCUGACCACUUCUAUCCCCUCUCAUCUGUCUCCCUCCCUCUCUAUACCCCAUCUGUCUCCCUCCCUCUCUAUACCCCAUCUGUCUCCCUCCCUCUCUAUACCCCAUCUGUCUCCCUCCCUCUCUAUACCCCAUCUGUCUCCUUCCCUCUCUAUACCCCAUCUGUCUCCCUCCCUCUCUAUACCCCAUCUGUCUCCCUCCCUCUCUAUACCCCAUCUGUCUCCUCCCUCUCUAUACCCCAUCUGUCUCCUUCCCUCUCUAUACCCCAUCUGUCUCCCUCCCUCUCUAUACCCCAUCUGUCCAUCUCUAUAUAAAACACUAAAUCAUGCCAUAAUAGUUAUAACCUUACCUGCUCAGGUCUGUUCCUUCUCACCUGUCUCCAUCUCUAUAUAAAACAAUAACAUAUAUAAAAAAGCUUAUUGGAUGUCAUUAUUUUUGUUACCUGUCCAGGUGGAGAUCAGCCACCUGAAGGCCCGUCAAACUGGACUACAGGAAGAGCUCCAGAAGUUACAAUCAGCUUCCUCCUGCUCAGCUCUACUUCCUGUCACCUCCGGCUCCACCACCACUACCUCUUCCUCCUACAUGUCCCGCCCCCAGGGGAGCACCGUCCAUCAAGGUUUCCAUGGCAGCGAUGAGAUGGACUUCAGUGAUGUGAUCUGGUCCCAGCAGGAGAUUAACCGUCUGUCUACAGAGGUGAUGAGGCUGGAGGCUGAGGUCUCCCACUGGAGACGCGUGUCUCAGGUCGGUCGCUUCACAACACCAUUUACUAGCUUGUAGAAUCUUUAUUACUGUAAGGUCUAUAAAGGGUCAUGUGAAGGUUGGAAAGGUCUCUAAAUGUUUAUUUGUUUCAGGCAUCCAAAGCCCCAGGAGAAGGAAACGCUGACCAGGGAGAGGUCCUGAAGCUGCAGAGGAUCAUCAAGGUCAGAAAUGUUACGGCCUGCUCUUUGGGUGCCUAGUCCGGGUUACUGUAAAGCACCUUGUUUAUUACUGUUUAUGUAAAAAGGGCUUUAUAAAUCAAAUUUGAUUGAUUAAUGGAAACCCUGCUUGGUGUAAGAGAGACUCAGACAGUGACUGUCGCUAUGCCUCUGUCUGUGGAACAGGAGCUGCGUGAGGAGAUGGGCCGUGAGAUAGAUGAACACCAGCGUGAGUUAGCAGGGCUGCAGGACGCACAGAGACAGAAGAUGGCCGACAUCACCCGGCGCCACCGGGACGAGCUGGCAGAGUACGAGGAGAGGAUAGAGGAGCUGGAGGAACAGAAACAUACUGGGGGUGAGGAGCUGGAGGAACAGAAACAUACUGGGGGGGGAGGAGGAGAGGAGCUGGAGGAUCAGAAACAGACUGGGGGGGGGAGGAGAGGAGCUGGAGGAUCAGAAACAGACUGGGGGGAGGAGGAGAGGAGCUGGAGGAUCAGAAACAGACUGGGGGGAGGAGGAGAGGAGCUGGAGGAUCAGAAACAGACUGGGGGGAGGAGGAGAGGAGCUGGAGGAUCAGAAACAGACUGGGGGGAGGAGGAGAGGAGCUGGAGGAUCAGAAACAGACUGGGGGGGGAGGAGAGGAGUGGAGGAUCAGAAACAGACUGGGGGGAGGAGGAGAGGAGCUGGAGGAUCAGAAACAGACUGGGGGGGAGGAGAGAAGCUGGAGGAUCAGAAACAGACUGGGGGGGGGGAGGAGCUGGAGGAUCAGAAACAGACUGGGGGGGGGAGGAGCUGGAGGAUCAGAAACAGACUGGGGGGGGAGGAGGAGAGGAGCUGGAGGAACAGAAACAGACUGGGGGGAGGAGAAGAGGAGCUGGAGGAACAGAAACAGACUGGGGGGGGAGGUUGAGAGGAGCUGGAGGAUCAGAAACAGACUGGGGGGGAGGAGGAGAAGAGGAGCUGGAGGAUCAGAAACAGACUGGGGGGGGAGGAGAGGAGCUGGAGGAUCAGAAACAGACUGGGGGGAGGAGGAGAGGAGCUGGAGGAUCAGAAACAGACGGGGGGGAGGACGGAGGAGGGGAUAGAAACGACUGGGGAGGAGAGAGCUGGAGGAUCAGAAACAGACUGGGGGAGGAGGAGAGGAGCUGGAGGAUCAGAAACAGACUGGGGGGAGGAGGAGAGGAGCUGGAGGAUCAGAAACAGACUGGGGGGGGAGAGGAUGGAGAGGGGAGCUGGAGGGAUCAGAAACAGACUGGGGGGGGAGGAGGAGGGAGCUGGAGGAUCAGAAACAGACUGGGGGGAGGAGGAGAGGAGCUGGAGGAUCAGAAACAGACUGGGGGGGAGGAGGAGAGGAGCUGGAGGAUCAGAAACAGACUGGGGGGGAGGAGGGAGGAGAGAGGAGAGGACUGGAGGAUCAGAAACAGACUGGGGGGAGGAGGAGGAGAGGAGCUGGAGGAUCAGAAACAGACUGGGGGGAGGAGGAGAGGGAGAGGAGCUGGAGGAUCGAGAAGAAACAGACUGGGGGGGGAGACUGGAGGAUCAGAACAGACUGGGGGGAGGAGAGGAGCUGGAGGAUCAGAAAACAGACUGGGGGGAGGAGGAGAGGAGCUGGAGGAUCAGAAAACAGACUGGGGGGGGAGGGGAGAGGAGCUGGAGGAUCAGAAGAAACAGACUGGGGGGAGGAGGAGAGGGAGCUGGAGGAUCAGAAACAGACUGGGGGGGAGGAGGAGAGGAGCUGGAGGAUCAGAAACAGACUGGGGGGGGGGAGAGGAGGAGGAGAGAGGAGGAGCUGGAGGAUCAGAAACAGACUGGGGGGGAGGAGGGAGGAUGAAGCUGGAGGACGAGGAAGCGGAGGACAGAAAUGGGGGGGGGGGGAGGAGGAGAGCUGGGAGGAUCAGAAAACAGACUGGGGGGGAGGAGAGAGGAGCUGGAGUCAGGAACGACGGAGGAGGGGGAGGACAGAACGAUGGGGGGGGGGGAGAGGAGGGAGGAUCAGGAAACAGACUGGGGGGAGAGAGGAGGAGGAUCAGAAACAGACUGGGGGAGGAGAUGGAGACAGAACAUGGGGGGGAGGAGGAGAGGAGCUGGAGGAUCAGAAACAGAUGGGGCGGGGGGGGGGAGGAGCUGGAGGAUCAGAAACAGACUGGGGGGAGGAGGGAGAGGGAUCAGACAGUGGAGAGGAGUCAGAAACAGACUGGGGGGAGGAGGAGAGGAGCUGGAGGAUCAGAAACAGACUGGGGGGAGGAGGAGAGGAGCUGGAGGAUCAGAAACAGACUGGGGGGGGGGGAGGAGUGGAGGUCAGAACGACUGGGGGGAGGGAGGAGUGGAGGAUCAGAAACAGACUGGGGGGGGAGGAGGAGAGGAGCUGGAGGAUCAGAAACAGACUGGGGGGGAGGAAGGAGGAGGAGCUGGAGGAUCAGAAACAGACUGGGGGGGGAGGAGAGGAGCUGGAGGACAGAAACAGACUGGGGGGAGGAGGAGAGGAGCUGGAGGAUCAGAAACAGACUGGGGGGGGGAGGAGGUAGGAGAGGAAGGGAGUGGGAUCAGAAAGACAUGGGGAGGAGGAGGAGAGGAGCUGGAGGAUCAGAAACGACUGGGGAGGAGGAGAGAGCUGGAGGAUCAGAAACAGACUGGGGGGGGAGGAGGAGAGAGCUGGAGGAUCAGAAACAGACUGGGGGGAGGAGGAGGAGGAGGAGCUGGAGGAUCAGAAACAGACUGGGGGGAGGAGGAGAGGGAGCUGGAGGAUCAGAAACAGACUGGGGGGAGGAGGAGAGGAGCUGGAGGAUCAGAAACAGACUGGGGGGGGGGAGGAGGAGUGAGGAUCAGAAAGACUGGGGAGGGAGAGAGGCUGGAGACAGAACAGACUGGGGGGGGAGGAGGAGAGGAGCUGGAGGAUCAGAAACAGACUGGGGGGAGGAGGAGAGGAGCUGAGGUCAAACAAUGGGGGAGGAGGAGAUGGAGGGAGAUCAGAAACAGACUGGGGGGGGAGGAGAGGAUGGAGGACAGAAACAGACUGGGGGAGGAGGAGAUGGAGUGGAGGAUCAGAAAACAGACUGGGGGGGGGAGGAGGAGGAGAGGAGCUGGAGGAUCAGAAACAGACUGGGGGGGAGGAGGAGAGGAGCUGGAGGAUCAGAAAACAGACUGGGGGGGGAGGAGGAGAGGAGCUGGAGGAUCAGAAACAGACUGGGGGGGAGGGAGGAGAGGAGCUGGAGGAUCAGAAACAGACUGGGGGGGAGAGGAGGAGAGGAGCUGGAGGAUCAGAAACAGACUGGGGGGGAGGAGGAGAGGAGCUGGAGGAUCAGAAACAGACUGGGGGGAGGAGGAGAGGAGCUGGAGGAUCAGAAACAGACUGGGGGAGGGAGGAGGAGCUGGAGGAUCAGAAAACAGACUGGGGGAGAGGAGGAGAGGAGCUGGAGGAUCAGAAACAGACUGGGGGGGGAGGAGGAGAGGAGCUGGAGGAUCAGAAACAGACUGGGGGGGAGAGGAGGAGAGGAGCUGGAGGAUCAGAAACAGACUGGGGGGGGAGGAGGAGGAGUGGAGGAUAGAACGAUGGGAGGGAGAGGCUGGAGGAUCAGAAACAGACUGGGGGGAGGAGGAGAGGAGCUGGAGGAUCAGAAACAGACUGGGGGGGAGGAGGAGAGGGCUGGAGGAUCAGAAACAGACUGGGGGGGAGAGGAGGGAGAGAAGACUGGAGGAAGAGAAUCAGAAACGACUGGGGGGAGGAGGGAGAGGAGGCUGGAGGACUGGAGGAUCAGAAACAGACUGGGGGGAGGAGGAGAGGAGCUGGAGGAUACAGAAACAGACUGGGGAGGAGAGAGGAAGGAGCUGGAGGAUCAGAACAGACUGGGAGGACGAGGUCAAGGAGAGGAGCUGGAGGAUCAGAAACAGACUGGGGGGAGGGGAGAGGAGCUGGAGGAUCAGAAACAGACUGGGGGGAGGGAGAGGAGCUGGAGGAUCAGAAGACAGACUGGGGGGAGGAGGAGAGAAUCUGGAGGAUCAGAAACAGACUGGGAGUGAGAGGAGGAGAGGAUAAUGGAGGAUACAUGAACAGACUGGGGGGAGGGAUAGUAGCUGGUAGUGUCAGGAAACAGACUGGGGAGGACGAGGGACCUGCUGAGGAUCAGAAACAGACUGGCGGGCAGGAGCUGAGGUAAAACCACUGGGGCGGGAAGGUUACUCGUGGCUUGCAUCCCAAGUAACUAUCUAUUUUGCACAUUUUGACCAGGUUCUAGGGAACGCAGCUUGUUACACUAGCUGGGUGAGGGUAUUGUCAGCAGGUAAGCUAAUCCUGAGCAAUCAAACCUUCCUAAGGUACCCUUUGCCAGACAGCCAUCAUGGUAGGUGACUCAAGUGUCCAAAACGCACGGCUGGCCGGAGGUACUGGUCAAGUUCAGGGGUUGGAUGUCACAUCUGAACACAUGGGGUGACGGAAACGGUGGCUGAUCCAAUGGUACUGUAUACCUGUGGCUAUUCAGGCAUAGCAUCAUCCAGCUAGUAUAACUGACGUCUUCAGGUGAGGUAAGACUAUGGGAUAUGCUUACCUGGUUGUCAAACGCCGUUCCACAGGAUGCUGGCCCAUUGCUGACUCCGGUGGUUCCCACAUUUGUGUGUCAAGUUUGCUGGAUUGUUCUUUGGGGGUGGGUCGGACCUUCUUGAUUACACCUGGAAACGGGGGUUUGAGCUGUUGAAUAAAACCCAGCAGCUUGGCAGUUCUUGGACACUGUCCCAACUGGUUGUUCUAGCACCUUGCUACUCCUACCUGUUCAAAGGCACUUAAAUCCUCUGAAUGGCACACAUACACAAUCUAUUUCUCAAUUGUCUCAAGGCUUAUAAAUCAUUUUGUUCACCUGUCUCCUCCCCUUCAUGAAGAUUAGAGUGGAUUUAACACGUGACAUCAAUAAGGGAUCAUUGCUUUCACCUGGUCUGUCUGUCACGUGUCAAACUCAUUCCACGGAGGGACGAGUGUCUGCAGGUUUUCACUCCUCCCUUGUACUUGACUGAUGAAAUAAGGUCAGUAACUAGUAAGGAACUCCCCUCACCUGGUUGUCCAGGUCUUAAUUGAAUGGAAAAUCCCCAAACCUGCAGACACUAGGCCCUCCGUGGAAUGAGUUUGACCCUGCUGGUCUAUGUCAGGGACAGAGCAGGUGUUCUUAAUGUUUUGUUCACUCAGUGUAUAAACAUGAAUUCAUUAGACGUGCUGUCAGCUUUUCAGAUUUCCCAAUUAGUUUUCCUUUUUUUGUGACUGAUUUCUCUUCCCUUACCCCAGGUUACUCUCUCUCACAUUCCCCUUACAAGUCCACCCUUACCCCAGGUUACUCUCUCUCACAUUCCCCUUACAAGUCCACCCUUACCCCAGGUUACUCUCUCUCACAUUCCCCUUACAAGUCCACCCUUACCCCAGGUUACUCUCUCUCACAUUCCCCUUUACAAGUCCACCCUUACCCCAGGUUACUCUCUCUCACAUUCCCCUUACAUGUUCCUCUCUGUAUCCUAACCCGUCCAGGGAACAGUCCAGCCAGCGUUACUCAGGACUCCUCCUCUAAGACCUCAGCCCAGGAGGCAGCGGAGGAGCAGGAGGAGAGACUGAAGGAGCUCACAGCCAGUCUGGAGGAGGCGUGGAGGAGGGAGGCUACACUGCAGCAGGAAAAGAUGGAGGCGCAGGCUGAGAACGCUGAGCUGCUGGAGAACUCCACACGGCUGCAGACGUCCGUCACAGAGCUCCAGACGCGCGUCCAGCGACAGGAGGGGAAGGCCGGGAAUGAGGCCCAGCUAGAGCAGGAGAUACAGGGGGGGAAGGCCGGGAAUGAGGCCCAGCUAGAGCAGGAGAUACUGGGGCUGAGGGAAGCUCUCGCAGGUACGCACACCCACCCAUUCAGAUAUCAUCUUGGACAUACUCAGGGUGUUAGCUAUUAGUCAAAGCCCAGAUCAAACUAUUCUGUCAUCUUUUCAAGGGGCAGAGAAGGAGAUGUUGAGAAUGAAGACUCUUGAGGUAUUUAUCCUGAUCACAUAGUGUCUUUGAAAUAGUGUUGCAGUGUGUAGUAGUAGUAGUUGUGGUAGUAGUCUUUAUCUAUGACCGUCCUGCUGUAAUGAUUGUUUUCCAUGAAACAGAGUGAACCAAAGACCGAGGCGGAACAUGCAGACAUUCUAGAACUCAACACCAUCAUUGGAACCCUGAGGAAAGAGAAGGAAAUGGUGGAACAGGAGAAGGUGGGUUUCUGCUCUCAAAUGGAAACUUAACUUAAGAGUUAGUCUGAGGUGAUUUUUGCUUGCUAAUGAGCCUCCAACACUGUCAUCGUUUUGCAAUCCACAAUGCUAAUUCUUAAACAAACUCCCAUACGCUUUACAUGACUUAUAUCAACUCUUGACACACUGAACAAACAGUAAGAAUUUCCCUCAAUGUGUACACGACAUUAACACUGAAUUAAAAUAUAAACGCAACACGCAACAAUUUUACAGCUACAGUUCAUAUAAUGAAAUCAGUCAAUUGAAAUAAAUAAAUUAGGCCCUAAUCUAUGGAUUUCACGUGAAUGGGCAGGGGCGCAGCCAUGGGUGUCUCUGGGAGGGCAUAGGCCCACCCACUUGGGGGCCAGGCCCAGCCAGUCAGAAUGAGUUUUUCCCUGCAGACAGAAAUACUCCUCAGUUUCAUCAGCUGUCCUCCGGGUGGCUGGUCUCAGACGAUCCUGCAGGCGAAGAAGCCGGAUGUGGAGGUCCUGGGCUGCCGUGGUUACACGUGGUCUGCGGUUGUGAGGCCGGUUGGAUGUAAUGCCAAAUUCUCUAAAACGACGUUGGAGGCGGCUGAUGGUAGAGAAUUGAACAUUCAAUUCUCUGGCAACAGCUCUGGUGGACAUUCCUGCUGUCAGCAUGACAAUUGCACACUCCCUCAAAACUUGAGACAUCUGUGGCAUUGUGUUGUUUGACAAAACUCCACGUUUUAACGUGGCCUUUUAUUGUCCCCAGCACAAGGUCCACCUGUGUAAUGAUCAUGCUGUUUAAUCAGCUUCUUGAUAUGCCACACCUGUCAGGUAGAUGGAUUAUCUUGACAAAUGAUAAAAUGCUCACUAACAGGGAUGUAAACAAAUUUGUGCACAUUUUAGAGAAAUAAGCUUUUUGUGCGUAUGGAACAUUUCUGGGAUCUUUUAUUUCAGCUCAUGAAACAUGGGACCAACACUUUUACAUAUUGCGUUUAUAUUUUUGUUCAGUGUACAUUAAACUGUGUUCACUUAACAUUGUUACUUUCCUUUGAGAAUCUAGAUGUCUUGUACUAUAAUGUUGUGUUUGAGUUUCAGAUGGAUCAUUUGAUUAUUCAAAAGAGGAUUUAUUAAGUUGGUUUGAGUUUAUUAGGAUCCCAUUAGCUGUUGCUCAUGCAGCAGCAACUCUUCCUGGGGUCCAUGGAUAAUGAUUGUGUGUUCAGAUUUAGAUUUAUUUGUAUUCUUUAGAAAUGUUUUUUAUUUUUAUUUUAUUUAUAUUUUUCAGAUGAAUCUACUGGAGAGACUUGCGUGUGCAGAGGACAGAGUGGAGUCAGACGUCCUUGACGGAGGAGAGUCCUCCUCAGAGCAGAUCGCAGAGCUGAGGGCUGAGCUGGAGAAGAGAGAGCAUGCCCUGAGAGACACCCAGGAGGAACGAGAGCAGAUAGCAGAGCUGAGGGCUGAGCUGGAGAAGAGAGAGCAUGCCCUGAGAGACACCCAGGAGGAACGAGACACACUCCUCGUCGAGCUGGAAGAACUCGACCGACAGAACACGGAAGCUACAAAGGUCUGGUUUGAACUUGUGCAGAACACACUGAGUUUUUAAUCAACCAAUCAAUCAAAUCAAACCUGUUGUAGUCCCCAACCGCUAUUAGACUCAACUGGGUUUAGAACAUUUUCGAAAUAGAAAGGAAAUGUUUAGAAUAUUUUUUAAGGUUGAUCAGGUUGUGGUUUGCCUCUCACUUUUGUCUGACGCUAUCAAACAAAAGUCUCUGUAAAACAUUUUAUAUUAGUUAGACACGCAGGAAAGUAACACUUCCUAGAUCUGGAACAGUGUCUACUAAAGUAGUGCACCAUGCAGUAAUAUAUUGGCCAUGCAUACGAAGGAGUGUGAUAGUGUUGAUAUUGGGAAAUACGUCUUGUUUUAGAACAUGUUGAAAAAGAAAGACAAUCAAGGAUGACCUCAUUUUAAAAAAAAAUGAUUGAACCCCCUUUACAUCAUUUAGACUUAGCGAAGACAGACCUAUAAAUGGUUCUUACCAUGUUAUUAUUCUGUUAUUGUGUCUCCAUGCAGCAUGUGAUCUCAUUGAAGGAGCAGCUCUCUGUUCAGCUGAAGGCGUCUGAGGCUGAGGUGGCCAGGCUGCAGUCUGAGCUCAGUACCGCCACCGACCAGAAGGGUGGCGCUACAAGAAGGACUACAGGCCCAGCAGGAGAAACUGAGCCAGAGUGCUUACACCCUGAACGACCUCCACAUGGGCAAGCAGCAGCUGGAGGCCACCGUCAAGGAGUUGAAGGAGAAACUUGGACGCGCAGCAGCGAAGGGCAAAGAGGCGAGGAUGGAGACCCAGGUGCUCCAGAGAAUCGUACAGGAGAGGGAGGAGCAGCUGUCUGCUUCCCGGGCAGAGCUGUGUGAGGCUGGGGAGAGAGGGAGAGAAUCCGGGGGGUCCAGAGAGGAGAAGGAGGAUCUCAGGAGAGAGCUGGCUGAGAUGAGGAGCUCCCAGGAGAAGGUGAUGUCAGAAGAUUACGAGUUGAAGAUUGAGAACCGGAGGCUGAAGACAGAGGCUGAGCAGGCCCAGGGUAGGAUAGAGGAGCUGGCCAGGCAGGUCAGGGAGGUCCAGGCCGCUCUCACCAGGACGGUCCUGGAGAAGGACAACCGCAUCGAGGCUCUGAAGCUGGGUAAGAGCCAGCUGGAAGGGGAACUGGGACAGGCAGAGAGGGGCCUCCAGGAGCAGACCAGGCAGUACCAGCAGACCGUCGAGGAGCUGACCGCUGCCCGCUCCGUGGACGCCUCGGCACUGCAGGUCCACUGUUGUUUCACUAUUGUUGUACUAUCUUAAUGUAUCUAUCUUCAUUUCGUAUUUGUCUGGAAAUGUAUUGUUUUUUUAAAUCUUUUCACUUUUGUAUUAUUUCGUUAGCAAAGCACUUUGACAAUGAACUGCAUUUUUUGUAAGAAAUGUGCCAUAUGCUUGAUUUGAUUUAUUUUCAGACGGAGCAUGAGAGGACGGUGAGGCUGAACCAGGAGAAGGACCUGGAGAUCUCCCAGCUGAGCAGAGACGUGGAGCAGAUGGCCUCCGACCACCGAGACACCAAUGAGAUGCUCUCCAUCACCGUGGCCGGGCAGAAACAGCUGACAGACCUCCUCCAGGUCAGGCUAGAGUCCUCUAUCUAACUCCGUGACAGACCUUUCGAACGUCUGUAGUUUAUGAAAUUGCACUUUAUCCUGCCUACUUUGCUUGUAAAUAUCGUUUUUCUAUCUGUUGUUUUUAAAUUGGGAUUUUGUUUGUAUGAAUUGUGUUUGCUGCUAAAUUAAUUGCCUCAUUGAGGACGUUACAAUGUUCUGAAUGUGAAUCUCCAGGAGAAGGACUCCUUCAUGGAGAGCCUGAGGGCUAGCAUGGCUGCCACCCAGAGGGAGAUGGAGGCCGUGGUCCAGGCAGCCACAGAGGAGGCUGGGGCCCUGAGAGGAGCUCUGGACGAGAAGGACAAGCAGCUGGGAGGCAUGAAGGAGGACAACAGCCACCUAAAGGUACGUCCACAACAUGUAUGACAUGGGUGUAACGUGCAAAUGUACUGUAUGAGUAAUGUACUGUAUGAGUAAUGUACUGUAUGAGUAAUGUACUGUAUGAGUAAUGUACUGUGGUACUGUGUGUCGAGGAAUUGUUUUCCCUUGGGACAUUAAAAUGAACCCUAUCCUAUAAGGAGGAGAUCGACCGUCUGAGGGACCAGCAGAGCAGAUCCCAGCCCCCCGGCCUGGCCGAGCCACGCACCCUGGACAUCAUCACAGGUAACAUAUCCUUUUCCAUCUGUUGUUUUAAAUAUGUAUGUAUUGGGUUUGCUGCCAAAUGAACAGCCUUUAUUGAGGACAUUAACAUUUUCUAAAUGGGACUCUUAACCACAGAACUGGAGACGGAGAUCACCCAGCUGAAGACCUCAGGAGGUGCCCUGGAAGAGGAGGUGCAGGCCCUGAGGAGGUGCAUGGAGGAGCAGCGGGGUCACCUCCUCUCCUCCCAGCAGUCUGUCCAGGCGCAGCAGAAUGAGUUGGAUCAGGCCCAUCAACGCCACGAGCAGAGCAGAGAGAACUACGAUAGGCUGAUCCACGCCAAGGACGAGGAGAUUGGACGCCUGCAGCAGGAAGUAGAUCACCUCGGCCACACCCAUUCCUCCCAGGAACAGGAAGUGGUCAUUCUCCAACAGGAAGACAAGACCCAGUCGUCCCUGAAUAACAGGGAGAACGGCAAUGAGAAAUACGACCUGUCCAAGGUGGAGGUGGAGAGACUAGUGAAGGUAGUUCCUGUAUUGAUGUUAUACUCAGCAGCAGAUGAUGAUUCGUGAUGAUCUUGCCAUUCAUGAUAAUAAAGCUUAUCUGAUCUGAAUUUGAAGGGCAUUAAGGAGAAGGAGACGGAGAUCAGCCAGCUGAAUGAGAAGAACCUGAACCUCACCCGACAGCUGGACCAGCUGGUGGUCUCCAGUGAGGAGAUGGGGAAGCUCAGCCAGAUGGUCCUGCAGAAAGACCUGGAGAUCCAGGCGCUGCACGCCCACGUUUCCCUGGGGGGGGGAGGAAACAACCAGGAUGUGAUAUUCCUCCAGCAGCAGCUGCAGGCCUUCGCCGUGGAGAGAGAGCAGGUCAAAAUCACAAUCAACUUCAUUCGACUUACUAGAGUUGCAAAAAUCCGGGUGAAUUUCCUAAAAUGCCCAGAUUUUUCCAGAAAUCCCGAUUUUGAAGGACUGAUUUCCUGCUUAUUCCCUCCUGAUUCCAGGAAUCUUCCAACCAGGAAUUUUUGGGACAGUUACUGGAAUUUUACAACAUCAAUAAUAAGCCAAAUGUACUUGACUUUAUUUACCGUAGGUUCUGGCAGUGCUGAAUGAGAAGACGAGGGAGAAUAGCAAGCUGAGGGGGGACUACCAGCACGUCAUGGACAUUGUAGCAGGGAAGGAGGCUGUGCUCCUCAAGGUCCAGCAGGAGAACCAGAGGCUGUCCACCCUGUCUGACCCAUCAGGGAGCCAGGAGAUGUUCAGAGAGACCAUCCAGAACCUGUCUCGGAUCAUCAGGUAUUGUUUUGUAAUAUAUAUACAGUACCAGUCAAAAGUUUGGACACACCUACUCAUUCAAGGGUAUUUCUUAAUUUUUUUAAAACUAUUUUCUAUAUCGUAGAAUAAUAGUGAAGACAUCAAAACUAUGAAAUAACACAUAUGGAAUCAUGUAGUAACCAAAAACGUGUUAAACAAAUCAAAAUAUAUUUUAUAUUUGAGAUUCUUCAAAUAGCCACCCUUUGCCUUGAUGACGGCUUUGCACACUCUUAGCAUUCUCUCAACCAGCUUCAUGAGGUAGUCACCUGGAAUGCAUUUCAAUUAACAGGUGUACCUUGUUAAAAGUUAAUUUGUGGAGUUUCUUUCCUUCUUAAUGCGUUUGAGCCAAUCAGUUGUGUUGUGACAAGGUAGGGGGGUUAUACAGAAGAUAGCCCUAUUUGGUAAAAGACCAAGUCCAUAUUAUGGCAAGAACAGCUCCAUUAUUACUUUAAGACACAAUUUCUUCAAGUGCAGUCACAAAAACCAUCAAGCGCUAUGAUGAAACUGGCUCUCAUGAGGACCGGCACAGGAAAGGAAGACCCAGAGUUACCUCUGCUGCAGAGGAUAAGUUCAUUAGAGUUAUCAGCCUCAGAAAUUGCAGUCCAAAUAAAUGCUUCACAGAGUUCAAGUAACAGACACAUCUCAACAUCAACUGUUCAGAGGAGACUGCGUGAAUCAGGCCUUCAUGGUCGAAUUCCUGCAAAGAAACUACUACUAAAGGACACCAAUAAGAAGAGACUUGCUUGCGCCAAGAAACACGAGCAAUGGACAUUCGACCUGUGGAAAUCUGUCCUUUGGUCUGGAGUCCAAAUUUGAGAUUUUUGGUUCCAACCACCGUGUCUUUGUGAGACGCAGAGUAGGUGAACGGAGGAUCUCUGCAUGUGUAUUUCCCACCAUAAAGCUUGGAGGAAGAGGUUUUAUGGUGUGGGGGUGCUUUGCUGGUGACACUGUAUGUGAUUUAUUUAGAAUUCAAGGCACACUUAACCAGCAUGGCUACCAUAGCAUUCUGCAGUGAUACGCCAUCCCAUCUGGUUUGGGCUUAGUGGGACUAUAAUUUGGUUUUCAACAGGACAAUGAUCCAACACACCUCCAGGCUGUGUAAGGGCUAUUUUACCAAGAAGGAGAGAGAUGGAGUGCUGCAUCAGAUGACCUGGCCUCCACAAUCCCCCGACCUCAACCCAAUUGGGAUGAUUUGGGAUGAGUUGGACCGCAGAGUGAAGGAAAAGAAGCCAACAAGUGCUCAGCAUAUGUGGGAACUCCUUCAAGACUGUUGGAAAAGCAUUCCAGGUGAAGCUGGUUGAGAGAAUGCCAAGAGUGUGCAAAGCUGUCAUCAAGGCAAAGGGUGGAGAAUAUAUUUAUAUUUAUAUUAUAUUUGAAGAAUCUCAAAUAUAAAAUGUAUUUUGAUUUGUUUAACACCUUUUUGGUUACAACAUGAUUCCAUAUGUGUUAUUUCAUAGUUUUGAUGUCUUCACUAUUAUUCUACAAUGUAGAAAAUAGUAAAAAUAAAGAAAAACCCUUGAAUGAGUAGGAGUGUCCAAACCUUUGUCUGGUACUGUAAAUGGGGAGCCAGGCCCAGCCAAUCAGAAUGAGUUUUUCCCCACAAAAGGGCUUUAUUACAGACAGAAAUACUCCUCAGUUUCAUCAGCUGUCCGGGUGGCUGGUCUCAGACAAUCCCGUAGGUAAAGAAGCCGGAUGUGGAGGUCCUGGGCUGGCGUGGUUACACGUGGUCUGGGGAGGUCCUGGGCUGGCGUGGUUACACGUAGUCUGCGGUUGUGAGGCCGGUUGGACGCGCUGCCAAAUUCACUAAAAUGACGUUGAGAGAAAUACAUUCUUUGUGCGUAUGGACAUUUCUGGGAUCUUUUUUUUCCCAGCUCAUGAAACAUGGGAACAACACUUUACAUGUUGCGUUUAUUUGAAGGUAUUUAAACGUUUUAAUGACAGAUUUAGGAUAGAUAUUUAGAUGUGGAGAUGAAAGAGAGGGAUACAGGCUGAACGGGGGAUCGAACCGCUGCCUCCAGGGGCAUAUGUGGUCCGGGGCCGGCAGCACUACUGCUUGCCCCUGGCACGUGAUCAGGUAUUGUCAGGGUGUAUUCUGCUGCCAUGGUGACCAGGUAUUGUCAGGGUGUAUUCUGCUGCCAUGGUGACCAGGUAUUCCCACGGGGGGCCAGUAUGAAAAAUGUAUGCACUCACUAUCUGUAAGUCGCUCUGGAUAAGAGCGUCUGCUAAAUGACUAAAAUGUAAAAUGUAAAUGUAUUGUCAUGGUGUAUUCUGCUGCCAUGGUGACCAGAUAUUGUCAGGGUGUAUUCUGCUGCCAUGGUGACUAGGUAUUGUCAGGGUGUAUUCUGCUGCCAUGGUGACCAGGUAUUGUCAGGGUGUAUUUUGGUGCCGUGGUGACCAGGUAUUGUCAGGGUGUAUUCUGCUGCCAUGGUGACCAGGUAUUGUCAGGGUGUAUUUUGGUGCCAUGGUGACCAGGUGUUGUCAGGGUGUAUUCUGCUGCCAUGGUGACCAGGUAUUGUCAGGGUGUAUUCUGCUGCCGUGGUGACCAGGUAUUGUCAGGGUGUAUUCUGCUGCCAUGGUGACCAGGUAUUGUCAGGGUGUAUUUUGGUGCCAUGGUGACCAGGUAUUGUCAGGGUGUAUUCUGCUGCCAUGGUGACCAGGUAUUGUCAGGGUGUAUUCUGCUGCCAUGGUGACCAGGUAUUGUCAGGGUGUAUUUUGGUGCCAUGGCUCUUUUGUAGUGUACUUUGAUCUCAGGAUUUUCGAUGGGACUGCGCAAGUGCCGGUAUUUCAGGUAUUUCCAUAAGGAGCAACAUUGCGGGUGACCGGUAUUGCGGUCUAUCUGCUGCCAUGGUACAGUAUUGCAGGGUGUAUUUGUGCAUGUACCAGAUGUGCAGUGGUAUUGAAUCCGUCCUUAGUCAGUGUUUUCUCUUUUUGCAGGGGUUUAUUCUGCUGCAUGUGACCAUUGUCAGUGUUCUUGGUGCCUUGAAAGGUGCAGGUAUUUAUGGUGGUUGUAGUAUUGUAGGGUGUAUUCUGUGAAUGGUCAGAGAGUAGAGGAUUUGGUGGCCAUGGUGACCCCGUAUGUAGGUGUAUACCCUGGUACCGGUAUUGCAGGCGGUGUAUUGCUGCCGGACCAGGUGUCAGGUAUUCCAUAACCAGUAUUGAAGGAUCUGCUGCAGUGGGACCAGGUAUGUCAGGUAUUUGGUGCCAUGUGACAGGAUAGCAGGGUAGUAUUGCUAGCCAUGUGACAGGUAAAUGUAGAGGUGUAUUUGUGACCAUGGGCUGCAGGUAUUAGAUUAAGAUAUUAGAUUGCGGACUUGACAGCGAUUAAGAUAUUAAUAGAAACAAGCAGCUUACCGUAUAGCGAUUCCUGAAAGCUAGCAUGUCAUAGCAAUUGCAUCAUUGAAUCCCGUCUAGAUGCUUGUUCUUUUGCUUUAUCCUGAAACGCAGGUGGUGAUUAGAAUAGGCAAUACAUUAAAUGAUGUAGUUGUAUUAUUAAAUAGAGAAAGACAUUGAGAUCGACGCGCGACCCGAAGUGAUACUGUCUACUGCAGCAGAAGUCCGAGUGUCAGCUCCAACCAGUUUGAAGAGCUGCUACAGGAGAGGGACACCUUGAAACAGCAGGUAAGAUAAGAUAUUAGCAUUACACUGAAACAGCAGGUAAAUAAGAUAUUAGCAUUACACUGAAACAGCAGGUAAGUAAGAUAUUAGCAUUACACUGAAACAGCAGGUAAGAUAAGAUAUUAGCAUUACACUGAAACAGCAGGUAAGAUAAGAUAUAAGCAUUACACUGAAACAGCAGGUAAGAUAAGAUAUUAGCAUUACACUGAAACAGCAGGUAAGAUAAGAUAUUAGCAUUACACUGAAACAGCAGGUAAGAUAAGAUAUUAGCAUUACACUGAAACAGCAGGUAAGAUAAGAUAUUAGCAUUACACUGAAACAGCGGGUAAGAUAAGAUAUUAGCAUUACACUGAAACAGCAGGUAAGAUAAGAUAUUAGCAUUACACUGAAACAGCAGGUAAGGUAAGAUAUUAGCAUUACACUGAAACAGCAGGUAAGAUAAGAUAUUAGCAUUACACUGAAACAGCAGGUAAGGUAAGAUAUUAGCAUUACACUGAAACAGCAGGUAAGAUAAGAUAUUAGCAUUACACUGAAACAGCAGGUAAGGUAAGAUAUUAGCAUUACACUGAAACAGCAGGUAAGAUAAGACUUUAGCAUUACACUGAAACAGCAGGUAAGAUAAGAUAUUAGCAUUACACUGAAACAGCAGGUAAGAUAAGACUUUAGCAUUACACUGAAACAGCAGGUUAGAUAAGAUAUUAGCAUUACACUGAAACAGCAGGUAAGAUAAGAUUUUAGCAUUUUAUUUUCUGUUUUUACAGAAAUGUGCCUUGCUUCACAAAACAAGACAAACUCCUUACAGGACAUUAAAACAACAGCAGACAAUACAGAAAAGCUAAAAACACUAUUCACAUCACAGAUCAGGAAUCACAUCACAGAUCAGGAAUCACAUCACAGAUCAGGAAUCACAUCACAGAUCAGGAAUCACAUCACCCAGAUCAGGAAUCACAUCACAGAUCAGGAAUCACAUCUCACAGAUCAGGAAUCACAUCACCCAGAUCAGGAAUCACAUCACAGAUCAGGAAUCACAUCACCCAGAUCAGGAAUCACAUCACAGAUCAGGAAUCACAUCACAGAUCAGGAAUCACAUCACAGAUCAGGAAUCACUUUUUUAAAGUGCAGCAGUUCAGUGUAUGAUAUGUGUGUGUUGUAAUUUGUGUGUGUGUUGUAAUGGAUGUGUGUGUAUUGUAGUGUGUGUAUAUGCUAAGACACAAGGUCUCUUUUACAGAUGAGCGCUGUAAUUUAUAGUAUUUUAUUUAUUUAUAGUAUGUGUAGUAUUGUAUUUAUAGUAUUGUACUGUAUGUAUUGCCGUUGUCCAGGUGAACAGUGUGUGAACCGAGGUGUGGGUGUGUAUUGUAAUUUCUAGGUGUGUAUUGACUGGGUGUGUAUUGUAAUGUAUCCAGGUGAAGAAGAUGGAGGAGUGGAAGAUGCAGGUGAUCACCACGGUAAAGAACAUGCAGCAUGAAUCAGCCCAGCUGGUAGAGGAACUCCACAAGUUACAGAGACAGGUAACCAGAAUAAUAUAUUAGAAUAAUGAAUCAUAUGUAAUAUCAUGAUAAUGAGUCUGCCCAGCUGGCAGAGGAUCUACAGGUAACCAUAAUGAUUACUGUUCUCUCUGCUACCACACGGUAAGCGGUACCGGAGCGCCACGUCUGGACCAAAAAGGCUCCUGAACAGCUUCUAUCCCCAAGCCAUAAGACUGCUGACCAGUUCAUCAAAUGGCCACCCGGACUAUUUACAUUGUGACCCCCCUUUUAUUUAGUUUUUUUGCCCAGACUCUCUGGCACUGGCUCUAUGCACACUCCCUGGACUCUACCCACACACUCCCUGGACUCUACCCACACACUCCCUGGACUCUACCCACACACUCCCUGGACUCUACCCACACACUCCCUGGACUCUACCCACACACUCCCUGGACUCUACCCACACACUCCCUGGACUCUACCACACACUCCUGGACUCUACCCACACACUCCCUGGACUCUACCCACACACUCCCUGGACUCUACCCACACACUCCCGGGACUCUACCCACACUCCCUGGACUCUACCCACACACUCCCUGGACUCUACCCACACACUCCCUGGACUCUACCCACACACUCCCUGGACUCUACCCCACACACUCCCUGGACUCUACCCACACACUCCCUGGACUCUACCCACACUCCCUGGACUCUACCCACACACUCCCUGGACUCUACCCACACACUCCCUGGACUCUACCCACACACUCCCUGGACUCUACCCACACACUCCCUGGACUCUACCCACACACCCCCUGGACUCUACCCACACACUCCCUGGACUCUACCCACACACUCCCUGGACUCUACCCACACACUCCCUGGACUCUACCCACACACUCCCUGGACUCUACCCACACACUCCCUGGACUCUACCCACACACUCCCUGGACUCUACCCCACACUCCCUGGACUCUACCCACACACUCCCUGGACUCUACCCACACACUCCCUGGACUCUACCCACACACUCCCUGGACUCUACCCACACACUCCCUGGACUCUACCCACACACUCCCUGGACUCUACCCACACACUCCCUGGACUCUACCCACACACUCCCUGGACUCUACCCACACACUCCCUGGACUCUACCCACACCACUCCCUGGACUCUACCCACACACUCCCUGGACUCUACCCACACACUCCCUGGACUCUACCACACACUCCCUGGACUCUACCCACCCCCACCACACUCCCUGGACUCUACCCACACACUCCCUGGACCUACCACACACUCCCUGGGACUCUACCCACACACUCCCUGGACUCUACCCACACACUCCCUGGACUCUACCCACACACUCCCUGGACUCUACCCACACACUCACACAUACUACACUGACACUCCAACACACACACACACAAACACCCACAUAUUGACGCCACUCACACAUAGACAGUCUUUCACACUCUUCCCAUACGCUGCUGCUACUGUUUAUUACCUGUCCUGAUUGCCUAGUCACUUCACCCCUACCCACAUGUACAUCAUUACCUCAACUACCUCAACUACCUGGUGCCCCCGCACAUUGACUCAGUAGCGGUACUCCUUGUAUAUAGCCUCGUUAUUGUUAUUUUAUUGUGUUACUAUUUCCUUUUUAUUUGCUAGUUAUUGUUACAUUUUAUUUAGAUAGCUUUUUAACUCUGUAUUGUUGGGGUAGGGCUCGUAAGUAAGCGUUUCACAUUAAAGUCUACACCUGUUGUCUUCGGCGCAUGUGGCAAAUACAGUGGGGGAAAAAAAGUAUUUAGUCAGCCACCAAUUGUGCAAGUUCUCCCACUUAAAAAGAUGAGAGAGGCCUGUAAUUUUCAUCAUAGGUACACGUCAACUAUGACAGACAAAUUGAGAUUUUUUUUUCCAGAGAAUCACAUUGUAGGAUUUUUUAUGAAUUUAUUUGCAAAUUAUGGUGGAAAAUAACUAUUUGGUCACCUACAAACAAGCAAGAUUUCUGGCUCUCACAUACCUGUAACUUCUUCUUUAAGAGGCUCCUCUGUCCUCCACUCGUUACCUGUAUUAAUGGCACCUGUUUGAACUUGUUAUCAGUAUAAAAGACACCUGUCCACAACCUCAAACAGUCACACUCCAAACUCCACUAUGGCCAAGACCAAUGAGCUGUCAAAGGACACCAGAAACAAAAUUGUAGACCUGCACCAGGCUGGGAAGACUGAAUCUGCAAUAGGUAAGCAGCUUGGUUUGAAUAAAUCAACUGUGGGAGCAAUUAUUAGGAAAUGGAAGACAUACAAGACCACUGAUAAUCUCCCUCGAUUUGGGGCUCCACGCAAGAUCUCACCCCGUGGGGUCAAAAUGAUCACAAGAACGGUGAGCAAAAAUCCCAGAACCACACGGGGGGACCUAGUGAAUGACCUGCAGAGAGCUGGGACCAAAGUAACAAAGCCUACCAUCAGUAACACACUACGCCGCCAGGGACUCAAAUCCUGCAGUGCAAGACGUGUCCCCCUGCUUAAGCCAGUACAUGUCCAGGCCCGUCUGAAGUUUGCUAGAGUGCAUUUGGAUGAUCCAGAAGAGGAUUGGGAGAAUGUCAUAUGGUCAGAUGAAACCAAAAUAGAACUUUUUGGUAAAAACUCAACUCGUCGUGUUUGGAGGACAAAGAAUGCUGAGUUGCAUCCAAAGAACACCAUACCUACUGUGAAGCAUGGGGGUGGAAACAUCAUGCUUUGGGGCUGUUUUUCUGCAAAGGGACCAGGACGACUGAUCCGUGUAAAGGAAAGAAUGAAUGGGGCCAUGUAUCGUGAGAUUUUGAGUGAAAACCUCCUUCCAUCAGCAAGGGCAUUGAAGAUGAAACGUGGCUGGGUCUUUCAGCAUAACAAUGAUCCCAAACACACCGCCCGGGCAACGAAGGAGUGGUUUCGUAAGAAGCAUUUCAAGGUCCUGGAGUGGCCUAGCCAGUCUCCAGAUCUCAACCCCAUAGAAAAUCUUUGGAGGGAGUUGAAAGUCCGUGUUGCCCAGCGACAGCCCCAAAACAUCACUGCUCUAGAGGAGAUCUGCAUGGAGGAAUGGGCCAAAAUACCAGCAACAGUGUGUGAAAACUUUGUGAAGACUUACAGAAAACGUUUGACCUGUGUCAUUGCCAACAAAGGGUAUAUAACAAAGUAUUGAGAAACUUUUGUUAUUGACCAAAUACUUAUUUUCCACCAUAAUUUGCAAAUAAAUUCAAAAAAAUCCUACAAUGUGAUUCUCUGGAAAAAAAAAUCUCAAUUUGUCUGUCAUAGUUGACGUGUACCUAUGAUGAAAAUUACAGGCCUCUCUCAUCUUUUUAAGUGGGAGAACUUGCACAAUUGGUGGCUGACUAAAUACUUUUUUCCCCCACUGUACAUUUUAAUUUGAUUUUGAUUUGAUGUUGACUUUAUUAUCCCCAUGGGGACAUUUGGUUGAAAUCCCAGACCUGGUGGGUUGUUUAAGUUGUCAGCAACCUGUCUGCCUAGUGAGCAUAGCUAGUGAGCAUAGCUAGACUCUAAUAGGUACACCCAUCUAGUACCGGGUCGGACCCCCUUUGCCUCCAGAACUGCCUGAAUUCUUCGGGCAUGGAAACACAAACACAAUUGGUAUCAAGGGACCUAACGUGUGCCAGGACAACAUUCCCCACACCAUUACACCACCGCCACCAGCCUGUACCGUUAACACCAGGCAGGAUGGGGCAAUGCCAAAUCCUGACUCUGCCAUCAGCAUGACGCAAUAAAAACCGGGAUUCGUCGGACAAGGUGAUGUUUUUCCAAUCCUCAGUUGUCCAGUGUUGGAGAUCACGUGGUGAUCCCAUGGGGCGGCGCACAAUUGGCCCAGUGUCGUCCAGGGUAGGGGAGGGAAUGGCCGCCAGGGAUGUAGCUCAGUUGGUAGAGCAUGGCGUUUGCAACGCCAGGGUUGUGGGUUCGUUUCCCACGGGGGGCCAGUAUGAAAAAAAAAUUAAUGUAUGCACUCACUAACUGUAAGUUGCUCUGGAUAAGAGCGUCUGCUAAAUGGCAAAAAAUGUAAAUGUAUUCACUGGAGCCGCUUCUUGUUUUGUUUCUGAGAUACUGGAUCCGGUGCGCCUGGCACCGAUGAUCAUACCACGCUCAAAGCCUCUUAUGUCACACUUUUUGCACAUUCUAACGUUCAAUCAAACAGUAACUGGAUGCCUGUCUGCCUGCUUUAUAUAGCAAGCCACGGCCACGUGACCCACUGUCUGUAGGAGCGAUCCAUUUUUGUGAACGGGGUGGUUGUACCAAAUAAACUGGCCACUGACAAUGAAUACAGCAAGUAUAGUAAAAAUGCAAAUGAUGGGUGAUUCAUAAUGAUUCAACUGUACGCUAUAUACACUAUACACAUCAGCACUCUGUCAACUCCAUGUGAAGUGUAAGCCAACCCGCUGGACCUACUAGUGAUUUGUCAUUCAGCAGCCUUAUUGGGAUUAAUAAUGUUUUGGCUCUAAUCCUAGGUGGAUGCUGACAACGACUGCACCUCUAAUCUCUCCGUGGAUUACGGCCGUCUGAUCCACAGCUAUGAGCAGAAGGAGAAGAAGCUAAGGAGUCUCAGUCACGAGCUAGCCAACGUCCAACAGACUGUCAGCCAGCUGAGCAGCACUAAAGAUGUCCUCCUGGGGACACUGGACAGUGUGGCGCAGAGUCCUCAAGUCACCACACUGUCUGCUACUCUGAUGUCUACUGCCCAGCCUCCUUCUGCAGUAGAACCUCCCAGACACCAGGUGGCAGCACCACCUCCAGGGAACCAGGAAGGACUGAGACAGGAGCUGGAGUCUCUGAGAGCCCUCCUGUCUGAGAGGGAGACUAUGAUCAGGACCCUGCAGGAGAACAACCACCGCCUGUCUAACUCAGCCCAGGCGUCAGAGAGCGAGCAGCGCGGCCAGGCCGACGAGGCCAGACGGGUCAGAGAGAGACUGGACGCUCUGCAGCGCUCUGUCAGGGAGAAAGACCUGCUCAUCAAGACUAAAGGGGACCAACUCAACCAGGUUAGAGAGACGCACACAUUCACCGACAUACACGCAUAUGAUACAUGCUAGCACACACAUACACACGUACACACACCGAGGAAGGCGCAAACGGUGCAUACACACAGUGUGUGUGAACAUUUUAAUCUCAAUGUAGUGUACGAUUAAACCCUUGUUUGCCAUGGGAUCAUUUCUCUUUUUAACCAGGUAAGUCUGAUCUUCAUUUCUCCAGGUGAGUGAGAACCUGAGGAACCGUGAGAGCGACAACGAUGUGUUAAAACAAGCCGUGACCAACCUGAAGGAGCGAGCCCUCAUCCUGGAGAUGGAUACCAGGAAGCUGAAGGUAGGUAGCCCAGGGGCUGGGUUCACAUCCUAAAGACAUUCCCCUGCCGUUGGGCCCUUGAGCAAGGCCCUUAACCCCACAACAUGCUCUCCAUCCAGGGGUGCUGCACUGCAGCUUGAACAUCUGCUCGUAUCAACUCGAGAACGGAGCAGAAGACACAUUUCCCUUGUUGGCUGUAACAUGGACAAUAAAGUUGUGUUGUAUUGAAGGAUGAGAACGAGGCUGUGGCCCAGCGGAGCAGGGAGAAGGAGUCAGAGUUCAGAGCCCUGCAGGAGACCAACAUGCAGGUGUCCCUCCUCAUGAGGGAGAAGGAGUUCGAGAGGAGCGCCAUGUCAGAGAAGGCUGCCGCCAUGGAGAAGAUGCUCAAGGACAGAGAACAGGUUAUUAAUCAUUUACAGACCUUGUACAUUAUCAACUUGCAAAAUAUGGGAAAAUGUCACUUUUUAAAAUCAGUAGAGAAGGUGCUGAAGGACAGAUGUUUGUAGAUCCCACAGGGCGGCACACAAUUGGCCCAGCGUCGUCCGGGUUUGGCCGAGGUAGGCCGUCACUGUAAAUAAGAAUUUGUUCAUAACUGACUUGCCUGGUUAAAUAAAGGUAAAAUAAAAAAAUAAAAAAUAAAUGUAGGUGAAAACCACAAAAUCAUUGAAUGUAUACUUUAUGAAUGAUCAUUUAUUUUUAUGAAUGACGUCUGUUCCCAAUAUUUAGCAUUAGUAAUAGAUAACAUAUCUAGUGAAGAAUGACAGAGAAAUGCAAUCAAAGGAAAAUAGGUUAUUCAAUAGUCUAAAUACAUUAUUGGUUCAAUCUUUUCAGUAACAGAUUAUUAUAAUGUUGUAUUCUUUCCUGACCCCUUCCGUUGAUCUGUUUCCCAGGGCAACAGUCAGAGGUCAGAGGAGCUGAACCAGCUGAUUGAUUGAUUCCGUUGAUCUGUUUCCCAGGGCAACAGUCAGAGGUCAGAGGAGCUGAACCAGCUGAUUGAUUGAUUCCGUUGAUCUGUUUCCCAGGGCAACAGUCAGAGGUCAGAGGAGCUGAACCAGCUGAUUGAUUGAUUCCGUUGAUCUGUUUCCCAGGGCAACAGUCAGAGGUCAGAGGAGCUGAACCAGCUGAUUGAUUGAUUCCGUUGAUCUGUUUCCCAGGGCAACAGUCAGAGGUCAGAGGAGCUGAACCAGCUGAUUGAUUGAUUCCGUUGAUCUGUUUCCCAGGGCAACAGCCAGAGGUCAGGGGAGCUGAACCAGCUUCUGAAUGAGCUGAAGUCCAUGCAGGGGAAAGCUGUGGCCUUCCAGCAGGAGAGAGACCAGGUCAUGCUGGCACUCAAACAGAAACAGAUGGAGACCACAGCUGUACAGACAGAGGUAGGAUGGCUGGACACACACACACACACAGGUAGGAUGGCUGGACACACACACACAGAGGUAGGAUGGCUGGACACACACACACAGACAGGUAGGAUGGCUGGACACACACACACAGACAGGUAGGAUGGCUGGACACACACACACACACAGGUAGGAUGGCUGGACACACACACACAGAGGUAGGAUGGCUGGACACACACACACAGAGGUAGGAUGGCUGGACACACACACAGACACGUACAGGCAGAUGUAGGAUGGCUGGACACACACACACACACACAGACACAGGUAGGAUGGCUGGACACACACACAGACACGUACAGGCAGAUGUAGGAUGGCUGGACACACACACACACACACAGACACAGGUAGGAUGGCUGGACACACACACACACACACACAGACACAGGUAGGAUGGCUGGACACACACACACACACAGAGGUAGGAUGGCUGGACACACACACACAGACACAGGUAGGAUGGCUGGACACACACACACACAGAGGUAGGAUGGCUGGACACACACACACAGAGGUAGGAUGGCUGGACACACACACACAGACACACACAGAGGUAGGAUGGCUGGACACACACACACACACAGAGGUAGGAUGGCUGGACACACACACACAGACACAGACAGGUAGGAUGGCUGGACACACACACAGACACGUACAGGCAGAUGUAGGAUGGCUGGACACACACACACACACACAGACAGGUAGGAUGGCUGGACACACACACAGACACGUACAGACAGAGGUAGGAUGGCUGGACACAGACGUACAGACAGAGGUAGGAUGGCUGGACACAGACACAGUAGUCUGAGCACAUACUCAUAUUAUUUGCAGGAUACCUAUUGAGGAGAUUGUAACACAUUCAUAACCCACACAUAACCAUUCAUAACAUACAUAACCAUUAAUAACCCACACAUAACCAUUCAUAACUCAUACAAAACCAUUAAUAACCCACACAUAACCAUUCAUAACCCAUACAUAACCAUUCAUAACCCAUACAUAACCAUUCAUAACCCAUACAUAACCGUUCAUAACCCAUACAUAACCGUUCCUAACCCAUACAUGCUGAACGUUUUGUGAUCAGAUAUAUUUGUGGUUAAGCGGUUAGAGUAAGGGUUAAUACAGUACAUGGCAACCAAAUCAUAUUCUUAGUAGACAAUUCACUAUUAUUGGCAGGACUUGGACUGAAAUAUGUGCCGGUAGUCAUGUUGGGUGCCGGUACUCAUGUUGGGUGCCGGUACUCAUGUUGGGUGCCGGUACUCAUGUUGGGUGCCGGUACUCAUGUUGGGUGCCGGUACUCAUGUUGGGUGCCGGUACUCAUGUUGGGUGCCGGUACUCAUGUUGGGUGCCGGUACUCAUGUUGGGUGCCGGUACUCAUGUUGGGUGCCGGUACUCAUGUUGGGUGCCGGUACUCAUGUUGGGUGCCGGUACUCAUGUUGGGUGCCGGUACUCAUGUUGGGUGCCGGUACUCAUGUUGGGUGCCGGUACUGUUUAUAUUCAGGUGCAGGACAGUGGUGGAAAAAAGUACCCAAUUGUCAUACUUGAGUAAACGUAAAGAUACCUUUUAAUAGAAAAUGACUCAAGUAAAAGUGAAAGUCACCCAGUAAAAUACUACUUGAGUAAAAGUCUAAAAGUAUUUGGUUUUUAAAUAUACUGAAGUAUCAAAAGUAAAAGUAUAAAAGGAAGCAUGUGUAUUUAGUGAGUCCGCCAGAUCAUAGGCCGUAGUGUUGACCAGGGAUGUUCUCUUGAUAAGUGUGUGAAUUGUAAUAUUUUCCUGUCUUGCUAAGCAUUGAAAAUGUAACGAGUACUUUUAGGUGUCAGGGGAGUAUGGAGUAAAAAGUAAAUAAUUUACUUCAGGAAUGUAGUGAAGUAAAAGUUGUCAAAUAUAAAUGGUGAAGUACAGUACAGAUACCCCCAAAAAACUCCUUAAGUAGUACUUUUAAAGUAUUUUUACAAAAUUACUUUACACCACUGGGUGCAGGAGCUCCACAGUACUGUUGAGCUAAUAUUCUAUAAGAGGAACAGGAGCUCAAGCAGUAGAACCGAAACUCAGCUCCCAGGUCAAGAUCUGGCACGUAUCUGACUCCUCCCCCUGUCACUCGCUCUCUCAGCUGCAGCAUGUGAAGGACCGAGAGCAGCGGCUGAAGUUGGAGCUGGAUCGGCUGCGUAACCACCUGCUGGAGAUAGAGGACUCCUACACGCGGGAGGCCCUCGCCGCCGAGGACAGGGAGGCGGAGCUACGUAGGAGAGUCACGCUAUUGGACGACAGACUGGCUACUUCCUCCAGUCAGGUGGAGAGCACCAGGUAGGUGGAAAGGACAUCCAAGUUGCUUGCUUAGCGAGUACUGUUUCCUCCUGAUUCAGCUCAUACCCGAGGCUCGAAUUCAGGGCCUCUGCCUCGCAAACACACAGGAGCGCCACCGAAAAACAAGCAGUUGCAAGUGGAGACAGGCUGAGGAGUGAGUUUCACAGAUCCCAAUCUGCUACUUAGGCAUUAGGGUUGGGGUCGAUUCCAUUUCAGUUUACUUCCUGAAUUGACCGAAUGUAUCCCAAUGGCCUGGAAACCGGUGGUGGGGAUGUGUUUAUCACUGCUGGUAGUUAACUCAUAGAUGGAUAAAUACUUAGACAUUAGUCAAUGGAUAUAAUAUGCUGGUGGAUUCUACAGGCCUUGUGAAAUAGGUAUUCUGACCUCAAUGGGCCAACCUGUUUUUAAAUCAAUGUUAAAAUUAAGAAAAUCUAGUUUUAUGUGUUUAACAUGCUAGUACUAAUUGAGAAAUAUUGGCACCAUGUGGUGGUCUCUGAUAGAGGUGUAUAUAGUGGCACCAUGUGGUGGUCUCUGAUAGAGGUGUAUAUAGUGGCAUGGGGUCUCAUGAGGUGAUAUAGCGCCCAUGUGGUGGUCUCUGAUAGAGGUGUAUAUAGUGGCACCAUGUGGUGGUCUCUGAUAGAGGUGUAUAUAGUGGCACCAUGUGGUGGUCUCUGAUAGAGGUGUAUAUAGUGGCACCAUGUGGUGGUCUCUGAUAGAGGUGAAUAUAGUGGCACCAUGUGGUGGUCUCUGAUAGAGGUGAAUAUAGUGGCACCAUGUGGUGGUCUCUGAUAGAGGUGAAUAUAGCAGCACCAUGUGGUGGUCUCUGAUAGAGGUGUAUAUAGUGGCACCAUGUGGUGGUCUCUGAUAGAGGUGAAAUAUGGCACCAUGUGGUGGUCUCUGAUAGAGGUGUAUAUAGUGGCACCAUGUGGUGGUCUCUGAUAGAGGUGUAUAUAGUGGCACCAUGUGGUGGUCUCUGAUAGAGGUGAAUAUAGUGGCACCAUGUGGUGGUCUCUGAUAGAGGUGAAUAUAGCGGCACCAUGUGGUGGUCUCUGAUAGAGGUAAUAUAAUAAGUGGCACCAUGUGGUGGUCUUGUAGGGGAUAUAGUGGCACCAUGUGGUGGUCUCUGAUAGAGGUGAAUAUAGCAGCACCAUGUGGUGGUCUCUGAUAGAGGUGAAUAUAGUGGCACAUCACCACCCCUCCACCUUUUCUCUGACUAUCACAUCUAAACAUGUUGUAAUUAGCAAUGUCAAUGUCCUUAUCCAUGAUCGAAUCAUUUAAAGUCUCUGAUAAAAACAAGAAUGUCUGUGUUCGUGCCAUGCAUCCUGCUAUCGAUAAAGUCCAUCUUUGACGUCAUAAUUCGCACAUUUAAAUGUAACAAACCCAGCCCUUUGCAAGACUUAAAAACAGCAGGGGUGUCCAUAUUUACCCUAACCAGGUUGUUAUAAACUUCAUCAUUAAGUCAGGAGAUUUCAUAGGAAUAGAAAUCAUGUUAUCAAAGCUUGCCCCGAUGGACCUGCGGCUGCAUCUAUUUGAUGGCUGUUUAAAUCCUAUUGAAAUGAAGACUGGGAGUCUGUAGAUUUCCUUGACUUGACUAGAGUAUUUAGCAUCAGAAACAGUUUGAUGUGUGAUGAUGGUUGGGAUAACCUGGGUAGAGUGCUGGUUAUAUCCCAGUCAGAUGGUUGGGAUAACCUGGGUAGAGUGCAGGUUAUAUCCCAGUCAGAUGGUUGGGAUAACCUGGGUAGAGUGCAGGUUAUAUCCCAGUCAGAUGGUUGGGAUAACCUGGGUAGAGUGCAGGUAUAUCCCAGUCAGAUGGUUGGGAUAACCUGGGUAGAGUGCUGGUUAUAUCCAGUCAGAUGGUUGGGAUAACCUGGGUAGAGUGCAGGUUAUAUCCCAGUCAGAUGGUUGGGAUAACCUGGGUAGAGUGCUGGUUAUAUCCCAGUCAGAUGGUUGGGAUAACCUGGGUAGAGUGUGGGUUAUAUCCCAGUCAGAUGGUUGGGAUAACUGGGUAGAGUGCAGGUUAUAUCCCAGUCAGAUGGUUGGGAUAACCUGGGUAGAGUGCUGGUUAUAUCCCAGUCAGAUGGUUGGGAUAACCUGGGGUAGAGUGUGGGUUAUAUCCCAGUCAGAUGGUUGGGAUAACCUGGGUUAGAGUGCUGGUUAUAUCCCAGUCAGAUGGUUGGGAUAACCUGGGUAGAGUGCUGGUUAUAUCCCAGUCAGAUGGUUGGGAUAACCUGGGUAGAGUGUGGGUUAUAUCCCAGUCAGAUGGUUGGGAUAACCUGGGUAGAGUGCAGGUUAUAUCCCAGUCAGAUGGUUGGGAUAACCUGGGUAGAGUGUGGGUUAUAUCCCAGUCAGAUGGUUGGGAUAACCUGGGUAGAGUGCAGGUUAUAUCCCAGUCAGAUGGUUGGGAUAACCUGGGUAGAGUGCUGGUUAUAUCCCAGUCAGAUGGUUGGGAUAACCUGGGUAGAGUGCUGGUUAUAUCCCAGUCAGAUGGUUGGGAUAACCUGGGUAGAGUGCCGGUUAUAUCCCAGUCAGUUUCUCAGAGCAGCCUUAAAAUGGCCCCGAGAUAGUUUGGGUGAAUUCCGUCUUCUUUGUAGAAUCUUUUCUCUUCUCAAAAAGUUUCAAAGUUAUCAAUAAAGACAACAUUGACAGAGUGAAAUAGCAUCUUUAAGCCAGACCUGAGUGUAGCAACCUACUGACUCAUAGACCGUAAACCCACCGUCUCAUCGUGGGUAUGGGACCCGAUAUAUAAUGGGACGCUUGUUUAGGUAGUUCAUUUUUGCAAUUAGUUCCAUGAAGGUCAUUUUUGAAGCAGUUCAAGCGCUAGCCAACUUAGUGGCAUGUAAAUCCCACAUGUACUAUAACAUGUAUCCGUCUGUGGAGUUCGGCUUAUGGCUUCAGGAAGUAGCGUAGUGAUAUCCUUUUACUUUUGCACCCGGAUAGCAUAGGGUUCUAAUCCCUGGCAAGGAGAUGUUCCUUACCAUUGAGCUUCCAAUGGUGAGCGCCGGUCGGAUCCCCCCGGGCUACCGUAUCUCCGAUCAGGCGACAGGAGCCGUAGAAAUCGGCUGGGGAGAAGGCCGCGGAGAUCCCGAUUGCCAGGGGGGAGAGUCGCCAGCCGCCCGGCACCCUGAACACGAGAGCCCAUAGUGUAGGCGGUUGACGUCAACAACCCCCCCUAUCGAAUAUUCAAAAAAGGAUUGCAAUAAUGAGACGUAUCCACCAAUCAAAGAAAGGAUAGGCGGGAGCUAGACAGCCUGCCGUGCCGCUUUGUGGACAACGACUCCCAUUGUUAGGGCGGAGAGACGUGUAUCUUGUCAGUAUAUCCAUAUUCUUUGGUAGAGGCUAGGGCCGUAUGAAGCAGUGACCUGGAGUUAUGACAUCACCAGUUGGCCAUUUUGUAGGUGAGUAACAAGGACUAGCUGGUAGCCAUCUUGGGUUCCAUAAAAACAAUGAAGGGUCUACUCAUCAUAGCCUGGAUGCUGUACCGUACCCAGAACUAUGCGAAGCGGGUAGAUAAACAGGUUAUCUUACAUGAGAUUGCAGACAGAAGUAAUCCUGACAUAUAACAACUAAUGAAGCGUGUGUAAGCAUGUACUAAGAUGGCAACAGCAGCCUAUAACAUGUAUACUGAUUAAAUAAACACCAAAUGAACCCUAACCGGCAGUAAGUACACUCACAUGGUUACACAGACUCACUAAACACCAGAAGAAUGAUUGUCCAGAUGUGAGUUGAUGUGAGUCCCAUAGGGCGGCGCACAAUUGGCCCAGCGUUGUCCGAGUUAUUGGAGGGUUUGGCCGUCAUUGUAAAUAAGAAUUUGUUCUUAACUGACUUGCCUAGUUAACUAAAGGUUAAAUAAAAUAAAAUAAUAAAUGUUGGUUGAGGUGGAGGACAGGAGUUUCUAGAGGUUGUCUCAACCUGCCCUCCUGGAAACAACUAAAGAGUUCAGGGGCAGACUGGGGGUCUCCAACCCCAGGCUAGGCCACUGAUUGGCUGACCGGGUCAGCUGACUCUGUUCCCUGGCAACCUGGUCCCUAACACACAGGUGUGAAGUGACCUUCUGCAGCAGGACAAUAGACUGGCUGAGGUCGGGGGUUGGGAACCUAACUUAGCUGUAAAAGUCACAAAGUUUGUCUCUAAUUCCCAGGGCCAGAAAGAGGGUUCUGAGUUGUACUCAUGGGCAACUGUAAGGGUGUCCUACAAUAAUGAUAUAUUUAUUGUCUAAUACCGUUCCUCCUUUCCAGCGUGUGAAGCCACCAGGCCAAUAAAGUAUUUUCUUCUUCUUCUUCUUCUUCUUCUUCUUCUUCUUCUUCUUCUUCUUCUUCUUCUUCUUCUUCUUCUUCCUCCUUUCGUAGUCACCAGGCGUCUCUGCAGGUGGAGUCCCUUCAGGAGCAGCUGAGUGGAACGGUGAGGCAGAGAGACGAGGCCCUGACCCAGCUCAGAGUAGCACAGGACCAGGUCAACCAGUACGCAGUGUCCCUGUCCAACCUCCAGAUGGUGCUAGAGCACUUCCAGCAAGGCAAGACUACGUCUCCUGUCUUUCUCUCAAGGCCCAUGUGCUUUAAUGAAGGUGGAUUAUUCUUGUGUCAGCUCCAGCAAGUGGACUCCUUUCUUUUUACAUCAUGAACCUGGUGCUGUAAUGAUCAUUCACCUGUGGGGUCCUCUGUAGCUCAGCUGGUAGAGCACGGCGCUUGUAACGCCAAGGUAGUGGGUUCGAUCCCCGGGACCACCCAUACACAAAAAAAUGUAUGCAGGCAUGACUGUAAGUCGCUUUGGAUAAAAGCGUCUGCUAAAUGGCAUAUUAUUAUUAUUAUUAUUAUUAAAAUCUCAGUUGAGGGGAAUGCGGACGGAAUCACAGAAUCCAGACAUUAAAACAGAAUUCAACAAUAUAAAAAUAUGUAUUGAUCUUAGUAGGAAAUCAACUAAAUGUAUUGAACUUAUUAGAAAAUCCAUUAAUUUAUUAUAAGACAUGAACAAAAUGCAUCAGUGAUUGGUAUUUUCCUUCAGCUUUCUGAAGAGGCAACAGCACAGCAAUGCCCCUGUCUGUGUGGCCGUUGGUCUACCACUUUGUGUAGCCGUUAGCAAUGAUGCUAAUGUAAUGACAACCGUCUUCUGGUAGAUGGAAAGGCUUUCACAAAAACCUUCUCAAUGAAAAGUACCCUAUGCCUACCUAGCAGAAUGAUAUCAUAAUUAUUUGUAUCAAACUCUGCAAUCACAUGAGCACUACUUAGAAAUCUCUAACCGAACAAUGGUCUCUGGCUGGUGCACAGUUGAAUUAAAGGGUAACUACACCCCCCUCAGAAAUGUAUUAGAUAUUUCCCAAACCUCAAGAGGUCUCCUGAUGGGGUGUAAGCAUUGUUGUGUACUUAGAACAUCACAUUCUGUUGUUUUUAAUAUUUAAAAGUGUGAUUUUGAGAGCGAAAACCUGAAACAAAUGGGAAAAAUGGAUACCUGGAAAAACAAAAUGGAAUUUGGGAAAAAAACAGAAUCUGGGGAAAACAUUUAACAGAUUUUAUAUCGACCUACUGAAGGCACCACUAACUCUCACGAUAGGAAAAUAGCUUGGUCUCAGGUCUGUUUGUGCUGUAUGGUCGUAGUCAGGAGAUGGCUUUCCCUAUGUUUGUUGUAUGGUCGUAGUCAGGAGAUGGCUUUCCCUAUGUUGUUGUAUGGUCGUAGUCAGGGAGAUGGCUUUCCCUAUGUUGUUGUAUGGUCGUAGUCAGGUGAUGGCUUUCCCUAUGUUGUUGUUUUGUCGUAGUCAGGACAUGGCUUUCCCUAUGUUGUUGUUGUAUGGUCGUAGUCAGGAGAUGGCUUUCCCUAUGUUGUUGUAUGGUCGUAGUCAGGAGAUGGCUUUCCCUAUGUUGUGGUAUGGUCGUAGUCAGGUGAUGGCUUUCCCUAUGUUGUUGUUGUAUGGUCGUAGUCAGGAGAUGGCUUUCCCUAUGUUGUUGUUGUAUGGUCGUAGUCAGGAGAUGGCUUUCCCUAUGUUGUUGUUGUAUGGUCGUAGUCAGGAGAUGGCUUUCCCUAUGUUGUUGUUGUAUGGUCGGAGUCAGUGAGAUGGGCUUUCCUAUGUUGUUGUAUUGGUCGUAGUCAGGAGAUGGCUUUCCCUAUUGGUUUGUUGUAUGGUCGUAGUACAGGAAGAUGGCUUUCCCUAUGUGUUUGUUGUAUGGUCGUAGGUCAGGAGAUGGCUUUCCCUAUGUUGUUUGUAUGGUCGGAGUCAGGAGAAUGGGCUUUCCCUAUGGUUGUUGUUUGUAUGGGUGCCGUAGUCAGGAGAUGGCACUUUCCCAUUUGUUGUUGUAUGGUGCCGUAGUCAGGAGAUGGCUGUCCCUAUGUUGUUGUAUGGUCGUAGUCCGGAGAAUGGCUUUCCCUAUGUUGGUUGUUGUAUGGUCGUAGUCAGUGAGUAAUGGCUUUCCCUAUGUUGUUUGUUGUAUGGGUCCGGAGUUCAGGAAAUGGCUUUCCCUAUGUUGGUUGUUGUAUGGUCGUAGUCAGGAUGAUGGCUUUCCCCCUAUGUUGUUGUGAAUGGUCGUAGUCAGGAGAUGGCUUUCCCUAUGUUUGUUGUGAUGGGGGUAGUCAGGGGAAGGCUUUCCAUGUUGUUGUAUGGUUUAGUCGGAGAUGGCUUUCCCUAUUUUGGGUUUUUGUAUGGUCGUAGCAGGAAGGCCCCUAUGUUUUUUGUAUGGUCGUAGUCAGGUGAUGGAAACCCCAUGUUGUUUUUGGGCGUAGUAGGAAGUGGCUUUUCCCCAUGUUGUUGUUGGUCGUAGUCAGGAGAUGGCUUUUCCCCCGUUGGGAUGGUGUAGUCAGGUGAGGGGUUUUUCCCCAUGUUUUUGAGGGGCGUAGUAAGGAGAUGUCUUUCCCUAUGUUGUGGUAUGGUGUAUAGGAGGGGGUUUCCCUUGUGUUUUUGUAGGUCGUAGUCGGGUGGCUUUUUCCAUGUUGUUAUGGUCGUGUCAGGGUGGCUUUCCCAUGUUGUUGUAUGGUCGUGGCAGGGAUGGCCCAACCUUCAGCAAAAAAUUUUAAAAAGUCUCUUUCUCUGUCAUCCUUGUAGAGGAGAAGCGAUGUAUCAUUGAGCUUGAUAAGUACAAGAGGGAGAAGGAUGAGUGGAGAAAAAAAUCUCUUCAACUGGAGGACAGAGCCUCCUCUCUUCAGGUAGGACUCAUUUUAGCAGUGCUCUUUCCCAAACGCUUACAGUUAGUGGGAUACAUUUUUCUUAUUUUUUCCCCAAAAAAAACCCCCCCCCCCCCCCCCCCCCCGGCCCCCGGGGGCCCCUUACCCGGGGCCCCCCGCCCCAACCCAAAAAAACCCCCCCUUUUUUUCCCCCCCCCCAAAAAAAAAAAAAAUUUUUUAAAUCUUCUUCUUUUUUUUUUUUUCUUUUUUCUUUUUUUUUUCUCUUUCUCUCGUCCUCUGUUUCUUUUUGUUUUCGUCUCAUCUCUGCUCUUCUCUCGUCUCUCCUUCGCUCUUUUACACACACAAAACUCUCCUCUCUCCCUUCACACUCUCUCUCCCUCUUCUCUCUUCUUUCUUGUCCUUUUUUCCUUUGUCUUUUUUUCUUUCUUGUCUCUUCUCUGGGCUCUUUUUUUUGUCUCUCUCUUUUUCAUCUCUGUCCUCCCCUCCUCUCUCUCCUUUUUCACCUCUCUCUCUCUUCCUUCCCCUUUUUUCUUUCCCCUUUUUCUCUCUUCUGUCUUCUGUCCUUUGUUCUCUCUCUUCUUCUCUCUCUUUAUCUCUUCUUUUCUCUUGUUUUGUCCUCUUUUUGGUCUCUCUUUUCUACUCUCGGUCUUCUCUCUCGCUCCCAUCCUCUUUCUCUCCUUAAAACAAACACCCUCUCUCUCUCUCUCUCUCUCUCUCCUCCUCUCUCUCUUUCUCCUCUCUCUCUCUUUAACAACCCCUUUUCUCUCUCUCUCUCUCUCGUCUCUUUUUCUUGUCUCUCUGUUUGUCUCUUCUCUCUCUCUCUUCUCUCUCUCUUCUCUACUUCUCUCUUUUCUCCCCUCUUUCCCCCUCUCCUUUUCUCGUCUCUUUCCUUUUGUUCUUUUGUCUACUCUCUGUCUCCCUUCCCUUCUCUUUUCACCACCACCCCCCUUCCCCUCUCCUCUCUCUUUCUCUCCCUUUUUCUCGUUCUCUGUCUCUUUGGGUUUUCUUUUUCUGUUUUUCCUUCUGUCUCACCCCCCCGGGGGGGCCCCCCCAAAACCCCCCCCCCCCCCCGGGGCCCCCCCCAAAAAAAAAAAAAGAAAAAACCCCCCCCCAAAAAAAAAAUUUUUAACCCCCCCCGGGGGUUUUUUUGGGGUUUUGGGGGGGGGGGGGGGGGGGUUUUUUUUUUUUUUUUUUUUUCCCCGUUUUUUUCCCCCUCCCCCUUUUUCCCCUUUCUCUCUUCUUUUCCUCUCUUCCCCUCCUUUUCUCUUUUCCCCCCCCCUUUUCUCCCUCUCUCUUUAACAACAAACAAACCCCCCACCCCGAUUUCUCCCCUUUUAAAUUUUGGCAAACACAUUUUUAAAUAAAACCAGGGGUUUUCUUUUGGGGCCCUAGCCACUCUCUCGCUCUCUCUCGUCUCUACUCUCUCUCUCUCCCUGCUCUGUCUCUCUGUCUCUCUUCUCUCUGUCUCUCUGUCUCACUCUGUCUCCUCCUGUCUCCGUCCCGCUAGCACUCUCCCUCCUCGUCUCUUCGCCUCCAUCUCUCUUCUCUCAUCUCUAUCUCUCCUCUUUCUUCUUCUUUGUCUCUCUCUGUCUCUCUGUCUCUCUGUCUCCUUGUCUCUCUCUGUCUCUCGCUCUCACUAACUUCUUCUCUCUCGCUUCUCUACAUGCGUCUCUGAAUCAACACUCUCUGUCUUCUCUCUCGUCUCUCAAACCUGACAAUCCGUUCACCUCUCUUCUCGUCUACGCUCGUCUUCUGCUCUCAGCUCUCUUUGUCUAGCUCAUGUCUCUGUUCGGCGCUCUGCUCUGGCGUCUCUUCUCUUCUCCUAUCAUCUCUCCGUCUCCGCCGUCUAAUAGGCUCGCUCUCUGAAUAUUCGUCAUCUCUCUCUCUCUGCCUCUCUCUCUCUCUCCUCUCUCCUCUCUCUCUCCUCUCUCUCCUCUCUCUCUCUUCUUUCACACACACACACACACUCUCUCUCUCUCUCUCUCUCUCUCUCAGAUCAACCUAGAUGAGGCUAAUGCUGCUCUGGCCUCAGCCUCCAGACUUUCUGACCAGCUGGACCUGAGGGAGGAACAACUAGAAGAGCUCAAGAAACAAGGUGAGGGGGGUCAGGUCCUCAUCUCUCUGCCUCAUCUCUCUGCCUCAUCUCUCUGCCUCACCUCUCUGCCUCACCGUUCUGCCUCACCUCUCUGCCUCAUCUCUAUGCCUCACCGUUCUGCCUCACCGUUCUGCUCAGCCGCUCCUGGAGAGAGAUUUCAAGUGUUAUUGUCACGUUCACAAGUACAGUGAAAUGCCUUUCUUGCAAUCUCUUUCCCAACAAUGCAGUAUUCAAUAUCAGUAGUAUUAAAUGUCAGGUUGACUUUAUCUUGCUAUAAAGUCAGGAUGAGUAAGGGGCCUGUGCCACAGGCAGGUAGGAGUUUUGACCCUGCUGGUCAUGUUCCAGGACAGUUGUUCCUGUCCUCUCUGGGUUUCACCCUAGGUUCCUCUCUGGGUUUCACUCUAGGUUCCUCUCUGGGUUUCAUCCUAGGUUCCUCUCUGGGUUUCACCCUAGGUUCCUCUCUGGGUUUCACCCUAGGUUCCUCUCUGGGUUUCAUCCUAGGUUCCUCUCUGGGUUUCAUCCUAGGUUCCUCUCUGGGUUUCAUCCUAGGUUCCUCUCUGGGUUUCAUCCUAGGUUCCUCUCUGGGUUUCUUCCAAGGUUCUUGCCUUUCUAGGAAGUUUUCCUAGCCACCGUGCUUCUACAUCUGCAUUGCUUGCUGUUUAGGGUUUUAGGCUGGGUUUCUGUAUAAGCACUUUGUGACAUCUGCUGAUGUAAAAAGGGCUUUAUAAAUACAUUUGAUUGAUUUGGUUGAUUGUCUUAGGCUCAGACUUUAUACAGUGGGCAGGGCUUUGGGAUUGGUCCUCUGAUCACUCUUUAUAAAGCUCAUAGAUCCAACCCCGGGUCACUCUUUAUGAAGCUCAUAGAUCCAACCCCGGGUCACUCUUUAUAAAGCUCAUAGAUCCAACCCCGGGUCACUCUUUAUAAAGCUCAUAGAUCCAACCCCGGGUCACUCUUUAUAAAGCUCAUAGAUCCAACCCCGGGUCACUCUUUAUAAAGCUCAUAGAUCCAACCCCGGGUCACUCUUUAUGAAGCUCAUAGAUCCAACCCCGGGUCACUCUUUAUAAAGCUCAUAGAUCCAACCCCGGGUCACUCUUUAUAAAGCUCAUAGAUCCAACCCCGGGUCACUCUUUAUAAAGCUCAUAGAUCCAACCCCGGGUCACUCUUUAUAAAGCUCAUAGAUCCAACCCCGGGUCACUCUUUAUGAAGCUCAUAGAUCCAACCCCGGGUCACUCUUUAUAAAGCUCAUAGAUCCAACCCCGGGUCACUCUUUAUAAAGCUCAUAGAUCCAACCCCGGGUCACUCUUUAUAAAGCUCAUAGAUCCAACCCCGGGUCACUCUUUAUAAGGCUCAUAGAUCCAACCCCGGAUCACUCUUUAUAAAGCUCAUAGAUCCAACCCCGGGUCACUCUUUAUAAAGCUCAUAGAUCCAACCCCGGGUCACUCUUUAUAAAGCUCAUAGAUCCAACCCCGGGUCACUCUUUAUAAAGCUCAUAGAUCCAACCCCGGGUCACUCUUUAUAAAGCUCAUAGAUCCAACCCCGGGUCACUUUCUUCACAUUCAUAAGGGUGCAGUUUUGAAUAAUGUUGUAUCUGGCUAUAUCCUGAAACAUUAUGAAUAAUGUUGUAUCUGCCUAUAUCCUGAAACAUUAUGAAGCUUACAAUAUAAUAAAUAGUAGAAACAAUCUUUGCUCUGAUUACACAUUGUCUUCACGGUGCUAUAAUGAAACAGUCAUUGUCUUCACUGUGCUAUAAUGAAACAGUCAUUGUCUUCACUGUGCUAUAAUGAAACAGUCAUUGUCUUCACUGUGCUAUAAUGAAACAGUCAUUGUCUUCACGGUGCUAUAAUGAAACAGUCAUUGUCUUCACUGUGCUAUAAUGAAACAGUCAUUGUCUUCACGGUGCUAUAAUGAAACAGUCAUUGUCUUCACGGUGCUAUAAUGAAACAGUCAUUGUCUUCACUGUGCUAUAAUGAAACAGUCAUUGUCUUCACGGUGCUAUAAUGAAAAGGUGGGGAUAAUGAAACAGUCAUUGUCUUCACGGUGCUAUAAUGAAACAGUCAUUGUCUUCACGGUGCUAUAAUGAAACAGUCAUUGUCUUCACGGUGCUAUAAUGAAACAGUCAUUGUCUUCACGGUGCUAUAAUGAAACAGUCAUUGUCUUCACGGUGCUAUAAUGAAACAGUCAUUGGCUUCACGGUGCUAUAAUGAAACAGUCAUUGUCUUCACGGUGCUAUAAUGAAACAGUCAUUGUCUUCACGGUGCUAUAAUGAAACAGUCAUUGUCUUCACGGUGCUAUAAUGAAACAGUCAUUGUCUUCACGGUGCUAUAAUGAAACAGUCAUUGUCUUCACGGUGCUAUAAUGAAACAGUCAUUGUCUUCACGGUGCUAUAAUGAAACAGUCAUUGUCUUCACGGUGCUAUAAUGAAACAGUCAUUGUCUUCACGGUGCUAUAAUGAAACAGUCAUUGUCUUCACGGUGCUAUAAUGAAACAGUCAUUGUCUUCACGGUGGCUAUAAUGAAACAGUCAUUGUCUUCACGGUGCUAUAAUAAACAGUCAUUGUUUCACGGUGCUAUAAUGAAACAGUCAUUGUUUCACGGUGCUAUAAUGAAACAGUCAUCGUCUUCACGGUGCUAUAAUGAAACAGUCAUUGUCUUCACGGUGCUAUAAUGAAACAGUCAUUGUCUUCACGGUGCUAUAAUGAAAGUAAUUGUCUCCUAACCCUACAUGUGUCUGUAAUCAGCUGAUUUAUGUCUGGAUCAAAGACCUGUCCCCCUCCCCACCUCCUGCUGUAGCUGGAGAUGUUCUGGGUGAUAUGCAUUCCUGUUCCCUGCCCUGCUGUCUCCUGACAGUCUGUACAUUUCAUACCUGUUCUCAUUGCCAAGUUUCUCUUUGAACACUGGUCUGCUUUUUCCAUUCUCUCUUCAGUAGCUGGAGCUAUGCUUUUCUUGAGUCUCAAAUGGCACCCUAUUCCCUAUGUAGUGCCCUACUUUUAACCAGAGCCCUAUGGGGAAUAGGGUGCCAGUCUUUGUGCCAGGUUCCCCAGUCUAAGCUCAAUGCCUAGCCAGUGUAUUCUGGUCAAAUACAGUGCCCUAUGUAGGAAAUGGGGUGCAAUUACAUUUGGGAUGCAGCAGGUGAUAGAACUUAAAGUGACUGUCCAGUGUUUCCAGAUUUCUAUGAAAUAUGACCUACAGGCCUCCCGAGGGGCGCAGCAGUCUAAGGCACUGCAUCACAGUGCUUGAGGCGUCACUACAGACCCGGGUUCGAUCCCAGGCUGUGUCACAACCGACCGUGACCGGGAGACCAAUGAGGCACACAAUUGGCCCAGCGUCGUCCGGGUUAGGGGAGGGUUUGGCCGGGGGGGGCUUUACUCCGCUCAUUGCGCUUUAGCGUCACUUGAACUGUGAUUCCUCCGACACAUUGGUGCAGCUGGCUUCCGGGUUAAGCAGGCGGGUGUUAAGAAGCGCGGUUUGGCGGGUCAUGUUUCGGAGGACGCAUGACUCGACCUUCGCCUCUACCGAGCCCGUUGGGGAGUUUGCAUUGAUGAGACAAGAUCGCAACAGGGGAGGAAAAAGAGGAAGAAGAAGAAAUAUGACUUACACCUCCAGGCUGAUUUAAGGGCUAUUUGACCAAGAAGGAGAGUGAUGGAGCGCUGCAUCAGAUGACCUGGCCUCCACAAUCCCCCGACCUCAUCCAAAUUGAGUUGGUUUGGGUUGAGUCGGACCGCAGAGGGAAGGAAAAGCAGCCAACAAGUGCUCAGCAUAUGUGGGAACUCCUUCAAGUCUGUUGGAAAAGCAUUCCAGGUGAAGCUGGUUGAGAGAAUGCCAAGAGUGUGCAAAGCUGUCAUCAAAGCUAUUUGAAGAAUCUCAAAUAUAAAAUAUAUUUUUGUUUGUUUAACACUGUUUUUGGUUACUACAUGAUUCCAUAUGUGUUAUUUCAUAGUUGUGAUGUCUUCACUAUUAUUCUACAAUGUAGAAAAUAGUAAAAAUAAAGAAAAACCCUUGAAUGAGUAGGUGUUCUAAAACUUUUGACCGGUAGUGUAGUUUUAUUUCCCAAAAAUGCUAAUUAUGUAUGUUAAAAAGGAGCUUUUCUGUUUUGGAAUGGUGUGUGCGUACCCCAACAACAGUGGUGUGGGCAAAUUACGGUCAUUAAAAAUAUUAAUGCAGUAGAACGCUGAUUGGCCAGCUCAUCCUCCUCUAGACCGCUGAUUGGCCAGCUCAUCCUCCUCUAGACCGCUGAUUGGCCAGCUCAUCCUCCUCUAGACCGCUGAUUGGCCAGCUCAUCCUCCUCUAGACCGCUGAUUUGCCAGCUCAUCCUCCUCUAGACCGCUGAUUGGCCAGCUCAUCCUCCUCUAGGUCGCUGAUUGGUCAGCUCAUCCUCUGUUGGCCAGCUCAUUCCUCAUACUGUUUUUUCUCUCCAAUUGAUGCUUUAGCCACAUGUAGGAUGAGUCAACAACAUUAUUUGGGUAUGAGUUAACAGAAUAUUAACUUUUAAAAGUGAGAUUUUCACUCGACAGUUACUUUUAAGGCCGUCCAGGCUAGUAGACUGCAAUUCUUACUAGCCCAGGUCCAAAAUCUGCUAUGCAGUAUUGGAAAAUACCUAAUUCUCAAAUAACAUACAUAGAAUAAAUCACAUUACUAUAGUUACAGUACUCAACAAAAUAAAUAUAAUAAAUCACAUUACUAUAGUAACAGUACUCAACAAAAUAAAUAGAAUAAAUCACAUUACUAUAGUAACAGUACUCAACAAAAUAAAUAGAAUAAAUCACAUUACUAUAGUAACAGUACUCAACAAAAUAAAUAGAAUAAAUCACAUUACUAUAGUAACAGUACUCAACAAAAUAAAUAUAAUAAAUCACAUUACUAUAGUAACAGUACUCAACAAAAUAAAUAUACAGUGGGGAAAAAAAGUAUUUAGUCAGCCACCAAUUGUGCAAGUUCUCCCACUUAAAAAGAUGAGAGAGGCCUGUAAUUUUCAUCAUAGGUACACGUCAACUAUGACAGACAAAAUGAGAAAAAAAAAUCCAGAAAACCACAUUGUAGGAUUUUUUAUGAAUUUAUUUGCAAAUUAUGGUGGAAAAUAAGUAUUUGGUCAAUAACAAAAGUUUCUCAAUACUUUGUAAUAUACCCUUUGUUUGCAAUGACACAGGUCAAACGUUUUCUGUAAGUCUUCACAAGGUUUUCACACACUGUUGCUGGUAUUUUGGCCCAUUCCUCCAUGCAGAUCUCCUCUAGAGCAGUGAUGUUUUGGGGCUGUCGCUGGGCAACACGGACUUUCAACUCCCUCCAAAGAUUUUCUAUGGGGUUGCGAUCUGGAGACUGGCUAGACCACUCCAGGACCUUGAAAUGCUUCUUACGAAGCCACUCAUUUGUUGCCCGGGCGGUGUGUUUGGGAUCAUUGCUGAUGGAAGGAGGUUUUCACUCAAAAUCUCACGAUACAUGGCCCCAUUCAUUCUUUCCUUUACACGGAUCAGUCGUCCUGGUCCCUUUGCAGAAAAACAGCCCCAAAGCAUGAUGUUUCCACCCCCAUGCUUCACAGUAGGUAUGGUGUUCUUUGGAUGCAACUCAUCAUUCUUUGUCCUCCAAACACGACGAGUUGAGUUUUUACCAAAAAGUUAUAUUUUGGUUUCAUCUGACCAUAUGACAUUCUCCCAAUCCUCUUCUGGAUCAUCCAAAUGCACUCUAGCAAACUUCAGACGGGCCUGGACAUGUACUGGCUUAAGCAGGGGGACACGUCUGGCACUGCAGGAUUUGAGUCCCUGGCGGCGUAGUGUGUUACUGAUGGUAGGCUUUGUUACUUUGGUCCCAGCUCUCUGCAGGUCAUUCACUAGGUCCCCCCGUGUGGUUCUGGGAUUUUUGCUCACCGUUCUUGUGAUCAUUUUGACCCCACGGGGUGAGAUCUUGCGUGGAGCCCCAGAUCGAGGGAGAUUAUCAGUGGUCUUGUAUGUCUUCCAUUUCCUAAUAAUUGCUCCCACCGUUGAUUUAUUCAAACCAAGCUGCUUACCUAUUGCAGAUUCAGUCUUCCCAGCCUGGUGCAGGUCUACAAUUUUGUUUCUGGUGUCCUUUGACAGCUCUUUGGUCUUGGCCAUAGUGGAGUUUGGAGUGUGACUGUUUGAGGUUGUGGACAGGUGUCUUUUAUACUGAUAACAAGUUAAAACAGGUGCCAUUAAUACAGGUAACGAGUGGAGGACAGAGGAGCCUCUUAAAUAAGAAGUUACAGGUCUGUGAGAGCCAGAAAUCUUGCUUGUUUGUAGGUGACCAAAUACUUAUUUUCCACCAUUAUUAUUUUAUUGGUAUUAUUAUUAUUUUCCAUCAUGGAUGACGGAUCACCACCUCAAGCUGAACCUUGGCAAGACGGAGCUGCUCUUCCUCCCGGGGAAGGACUGCCUGUUCCAUGAUCUUGCCAUUACGGUUGACAACUCCGUUGUGUCCUCCUCCCAGAGUGUGAAGAGCCUUGGCGUGACCCUGGACAACACCCUGUCGUUCUCCGCUAACAUCAAGGCGGUGACCCGAUCCUGUAGGUUCAUGCUCUACAACAUUCGGAGAGUACGACCCUGCCUUACACAGGACGCGGCACAGGUCCUAAUCCAGGCACUUGUCAUCUCCCGUCUGGAUUACUGCAACUCGCUGUUGGCUGGGCUCCCUGCCUGUGCCAUUAAACCCCUACAACUCAUCCAGAAUGCCGCAGCCCGUCUGGUGUUCAACCUUCCCAAGUUCUCUCACGUCACCCCGCUCCUCCGCACACUCCACUGGCUUCCAGUUGAAGCUCGCAUCUGCUACAAGACCAUGGUGCUUGCCUACGGAGCUGUGAGGGGAACGGCACCUCCGUACCUUCAGGCUCUGAUCAGUCCCUACACCCAAACGAGGGCAUUGCGUUCAUCCACCUCUGGCCUGCUGGCUCCCCUACCUCUGCGGAAGCAUAGUUCCCGCUCAGCCCAGUCAAAACUGUUCGCUGCUCUGGCACCCCAAUGGUGGAACAAGCUCCCUCACGACGCCAGGACAGCGGAGUCACUCACCACCUUCCGGAGACAUUUGAAACCCCACCUCUUUAAGGAAUACCUGGGAUAGGAUAAAGUAAUCCUUCUACCCCCCCCAAAAAUAAGAAUUAAAAAAUUAAAAAAUUGUAAAGUGGUGAUCCCACUGGCUAUAAGGUGAAUGCACCUAUUUGUAAGUCGCUCUGGAUAAGAGCGUCUGCUAAAUGACGUAAAUGUAAAUGUAAAUGUAAAUGUAAAUAAUUUGCAAAUAAAUUCAUUAAAAAUCCUACAAUGUGAUUUUCUGGAGAAAAAAAAUCUCAAUUUGUCUGUCAUAGUUGACGUGUACCUAUGAUGAAAAUUACAGGCCUCUCUCAUCUUUUUAAGUGGGAGAACUUGCACAAUUGGUGGCUGACUAAAUACUUUUUUCCCCACUGUAAUAAAUCACAUUACUAUAGUUACAGUAUUAACACUACAGGAAUCUAUCCCCCAGGGGUAGAGUUUCCCACAUCAGUCUGCAUUCCCAGACACACACACACACACACACACACACACACACACACACACACACACACACAGAUUUUGUUAUCAGCUGCAGACAUGGUCAUUACAUCAUAACACAUUCUCACACACACCUCCUCUGUCGGUUUUCGUACACUACAGGAAUCCAGAUGUGUGAGCUGUGAGCGUAUCCAUUUAGUUAACUAGUAAGGCUGUGAGACGGUUAAAGGGGGGCGUCUGGUUGGUGGACCAACAGUCUGCCAACAUGCCCUGACCUGCGCCUCUGAUGACCGAAGCUUUCGUUUGGCACGGCUGUCUGUUACACAUAUAUAUGUCAAUGUUUUAGUCCAACAGUCAGACUUUAACUGUUCGAUGUAGCCGUGCUAGCCAUGAUUCAGACAGCUGGGGAGCUGCAGAGCAUUGAAAUGAAGUGUGUGUAUGUGUGUGUGUGUGUGUGUGUGUGUGUGUGUGUGUGUGUUCCAGUGGACGUGAGGCAGGAGAUGUUGGAAGAGGCUCAGGACAAGUUGAUGAACCUUCUGAACAGCACCGAGGGUAAAGUCGACCAGUAAGUCCAGCACUACACUGACUGACCAGUAAGUCCAGCACUACACUGACUGACCAGUAAGUCCAGCACUACACUGACUGACCAGUAAGUCCAGCACUACACUGACUGACCAGUAAGUCCAGCACUACACUGACUGACCAGUAAGUCCAGCACUACACUGACUGACCAGUAAGUCCAGCACUACACUGACUGACCAGUAAGUCCAGCACUACACUGACUGACCAGUAAGUCCAGCACUACACUGACUGACCAGUAAGUCCAGCACUACACUGACUGACCAGUAAGUCCAGCACUACACUGACUGACCAGUAAGUCCAGCACUACACUGACUGACCAGUAAGUCCAGCACUACACUGACUGACCAGUAAGUCCAGCACUACACUGACUGACCAGUAAGUCCAGCACUACACUGACUGACCAGUAAGUCCGGCACUACACUGACUGACCAGUAAGUCCGGCACUACACUGACUGAGAAGAUUUUAAUUUUAAGCUGUCAUCAAGGCAAAAAGGGGUGGCUAUUUGAAGAAUCCCAAAUAUAAAAUAUAUUUUGAUUCCAUAUGUGUUAUUUCAUAGUUUUGAUGUCUUCACUAUUAUUCUACAAUGACAUCAAUCUGCCUCACGCUACAGAAACAAGAGAUCCUCCUAUGGGCCUUUCUGGCUUGGACAAGGCUUACUUACUUUUUAUUCUGUCUGCUCAGGGCUCUGAUGCGGAACCUGUUCAUGGGGUACUUCCACACCCCGAAACCCAAACGCUCUGAGGUGCUGAGGCUCAUGGGUAGUGUCCUGGGACUAGACAAGGACGAGGUCAACCAGGUGAAAAACUCUUCCUCCUCCUCUUUACUCCCUCUUCUUCUGUUCUUCCCCUCCUCCUCUAUACUUCCUCUCUGUUCAUUCUCUGUUGCUGUGAAUCUCUAGCCUGGUCCCAAAUCAGUCUGUGCUUUCUCUUGUGUUCGUUGUCAUUUACUAGUUAACCCCUGACCUCUCGUAGGCUGUGUCCAAAUGACUGGUUAACCCCUGACCUCUCGAAGGCGGUGUCCAAAUGACUAGUUAACCCCUGACCUCUCGAAGGCGGUGUCCAAAUGACUAGUUAACCCCUGACCUCUCGAAGGCGGUGUCCAAAUUCGAAAUGGCACCAUUGGCACUAUAAGUCUAAAGUAGUGCACUAUAUAGGGAAUAGGGUGCCAUUCUCUGGUCUAAAGUAGUGCACUAUAUAGGGAAUAGGGUGCCAUUUGGGAGACAGGCUGAUUUAUUACGGUUCAUUCUGAUGGCAAACUAUCAGGUCAUGUGUUUUGGUUGGCUUGUCCCCCUCUCUACUGAUAUAGACGUAUUCAUUAUUAUGAACUCAGCUCCGCUCCUUCCCAUGCCGUGGGGGGAAUGAAUUCCUUUCUUCUCUGGCAGGAGUGUUGUAGAGAUAUGAACGGAGAUAUGAGAAAAAUGUGUGUGAUAGCCAGCUUAUUCACAACAGAGAAAUGUCUGUUUCCGUGGUGAGAUUAAAGAUGGUGUUUUAGUACACAUUCAUGACACAUUAUCCCAAAGUUACUGCUGGGACAUCAAGUAAACAUACUGCUCUACAAUAACCAGAGGAAUUUAUUGAAAUGCUCUCUCAGGAUUUGAAGAUACUCUUUAUUUUAGCUCUAAAAUCACCUACUGGUGCAAUUGUGUCCCCUUUUCUAGUUCAAACAGUGUACCGUUCGGUUGCUCUCUUAUGCAUAAUGCAAUCCAGGAUUGUUCUGCUUCACAUUCUUUGUGUUGCAACGUCCAAGUCAAUUAACAAGCUGCCCUAAGUAGGUGAUCCUAAAGAUCCCCAAGGCUUGUAACUUCAGCAGCCCCUACAAACCCCUGACUAACGCACACACACGCACAAACACGCACACACACACACACACACACACACACACACACACACACACACACACACACACACACACACACACACACACACACACUGAGGCUGUCCAACUAACCGCU